GGGCGCUCCGCCUCUGACUGGAAUUCGACCAAUCCCGUGUCGGCGUCGUCGCUCGCUUCCGCUUUUCAGCGGCUUCCGCCCGGCCGAAUAGCUACUCGGUAGCUACCUUCGGAGUCGCUUUCAGCCGUGUGGCCGAAGCUUCCGCCCUCACAAGGUUGGGCUUGAAGGAGCACUUCCGGGUUAGGGGUUGGCCACGCCCCUGGGCGAGCUGUGGAAGUGGCGAUGGAGAUGGAGAGGAUAGGUGAGAGAACUUUGGCAGCGCCUCCCCUUUGGAACUCCCUGCCACUUGAGAUCAAGCAGGCGCCUUCGACGGGAUCUUUUCGGAGGCUGCUGGAAACAGUCCUGUUUAGAUCAAGCCUUGCCCAGAUGCUUAAAAAGCUGGAGCAAUGUUAGCCUUUUUUAAAUAGUAUUUCAGCUUUCGUAUGUUUUAAAGGAGGGUUGUGAAUUUCCCCUCAAUAUUACUGUAAACCUGAAGAGGGUUGUUGUUUUUUAACAGUCAAGUGGUGUGUAAUUUUUAUGAAAUGAAUUGUUGGCAUCCAUCUGUCUCAAGAGACAAUGGCGUGUAUUCAAACCUCUGGAGAAUCACAGCGCCCGGGAACUCAUAACUGCUGCCUCCAGCGUUGUUUUUUGCUUCAAUUGCAGCACCAAAGUGACCUCCCUGGGGCGCCAGCCUGGGCAGUGUGAAUGGAGGUCCUGGGCUGCCCAGACGACAAGGCUCCCUCCGCCCCCGGGCUCACUGAUGUGGUUUAAAGGAAAGCAGAGCAGAAAAAUAAGUACAGUGGUGCCUCGCAAGACGAAAAGAAUCCGUUCUGGGAGUCUCUUCGUCUAGCGGUUUUUUCGUCUUGCGAAGCAAGCCCAUUGACGGGAUUAGCGGAUUAGCGCUAUUAGCGCUAUUAGCGGCUUUUAGCGGCUUUUAGCCGCUUAUCUGCUUAUCCGAUAAGCUGAUAAGCGGCUUAGCGACUUAGAAAAAGAGGGGGGAAAGGGGGGAAAAAACCCAGGAACUCGCAAGACAUUUUCGUCUUGCGAAGCAAGCCCAUAGCAGAUUCGUUUUGCGAGGCACCUCCAAAACGGAAAACUCUUUCGUCUAGCGAGUUUUCCGUCUUGCGAGGCAUUCGUCUUGCGGGGCACCACUGUAAUGAAAUUUGCUUUGUGCUGUACACAGAUUUAAUUCAAAGACGGUUCUUUCCAUGCGGGCUUACAACAUAAAAAAGACACAGCACAGAAGGGAAAACUGAGCAAGCUCAGGCACCAGGUCUUGAAAGCUACAUAGCCAACUGAAAAUGGGAAAAAGUUGAGGGAAAGUAAAAAUUAGUUAUAUUUGCUCAUGCUUAUAUAAGGCCAUUAUUAAUUUAUUAAUUUUUUUUGGAGAGAGAAAACAAAUAAUCUUUUAAGUAACGUGAAUAAAGUAAUAACGAUCAAUAAAACACAGAUAAAAGCAAAGUUAUGAAAAUCUAGUUAUCUAGUACAGACAAUCCUCGUUUUGUGCCAGGGUUCCGUUCUGGACCCCUGCGUGCAUUGGCAGAACAAGCAUAAGCCCGCUUUGCUCAGUUCUGCCCCCACCCGCCCUGUUCUGCCCCUUUUCAUGAUGCCUUUCACCCUGAGAGGUGCACUCCAUUCAUAGCUGUCAACGUUUCCCUUUUUUAAAGGGAAAUUCCCUUACUCCGAACAGGAUUCCUCACAAGAAAAGGGAAAUGUUGACAGCUAUGACUCCAUUGUCUCUCAAGAGAGAUAGAUGCCAACAACAACAAAAGAUCACCAGAGAUGUUUAUAAUAGGUCGUAAAACAGUAAGCCAUAUAAUAAAACAGAUGAUAAUAAGAUACUAUUAUAUGGUUUUGUUGAAAUAUUAUAUGUCCUAAUGGGCUUUUAUUGCUGCAAGAUGCUUCUCACCUUGUUUGGAAAAGUGGCACACCUAUUUUUUGUCAAAUAAAACCAAAGGAAUCUGACCUUUGCAUCAGUAAACUUUGCCUUUCCUGGAGGUAAUUUAAGCAAAGGAUGGAUAGCCAUAGUUCAGGGUCCUGUAGUUGCAUUCUUUUUUGGGGUGUGUGUGAAAAUAUAUUUAUUGAUAUUUCAUCAUAAUAUGAAGAAAUGAUCCCUCAAACCAGCAUGAUGUAAGUUGCCAAUGACCUCUGAGGUCCCUUUCAGCCUUAUGAUUCUUUGAAAGUUACACUGGGGUCAGUGGGAGUAGCGACUGAAAAUGGGAUGGUGAAUUUCAAAAUGUCCUUAUCUCCUUGUUCCCUGCUAGUCCUGCCCCCCAGGGGGCCUCUGGAGUUACCCCUCUCCAUUCUGGAGGUUGGAUGUGCCGGCCGUUUUGAGCUCAUCACCCAAGAGGAAGGGCCUCAUGGAGACAGAUUCCCGCUAACCACGGUAAGCCCCUUUCCAACCCUGGAACGAGAGAGGAAUUUUCUUAAUGGUAAUACAUCACCUUGCCAACAAAGGUCCGUAUAGUUAAAGCUAUGGUUUUCCCAGUAGUGAUGUAUGGAAAUGAGAGCUGGACCAGAAAGAAGGCUGAUCGCCGAAGAAUUGAUGCUUUUGAAUUAUGGUGCUGGAGGAGACUCUUGAGAGUCCCAUGGACUGCAAGAAGAUCAAACCUCUCCAUUCUGAAGGAAAUCAGCCCUGAGUGCUCACUGGAAGGACAGAUUGUGAAGCUGAGGCUCCAAUACUUUGGCCACCUCAUGAGAAGAGAAGACUCCCUGGAAAAGACCCUGAUGCUGGGAAUGAUGGAGGGCACAAGGAGAAGGGGACGACAGAGGACGAGAUGGUUGGACAGUGUUCUUGAAGCUACCAGCAUGAGUUUGACUAAACUGCAGGAGGCAGUGGAAGACAGAAGUGCUUGGUGUUCUCUGGUCCAUGGGGUCACGAAGAGACAGACACGACUAAACGACUAAACAACAACAACAACAAUAAGCAGCCACCAGCUGCACGUCUUGAAAUUCUGGAAAACCAUUAAAAAAAAAUUUUUAAAGCAGCCACUGGCUCCUGCAGGUGAGGCAGCCAAAGUAGGCCCAGGUCUGAUCAGUAACUGAAUGAGUGGCCUCCUGGGAACCUCAUGCUAUGACAGAAUAAAAGUGGGCUCCAAAUGCAAGAAGUUGAAUUCAUAGAAUUGUAGAAUUAUAGAGUUGGACAGGACCCCGAGGGUCAUCUAGUCCAACCCCCUGCAAUGCAGGAAUCUCAGCUAGAUCAUACACGACAGGUGGCCAUGCAACCUCUGCUUAAAAACCUCCAAAGGAGGAGAGUCCACAACCUCCCGAGGGAGACCAUUCCACUGUCAAAAACCUCUUGCUGUCAGAAAGUUCUUCCUUACGUUGAGUCGGAAUCUCCCAUCUUGUAACUUGAAUUCUAGCAUUUCUGUUUGUUGUAUUGUUUCCGCUCUUGAUUUCUUUGUUUGCUCAGUGGAGGCUGGUCAGUUAGGGCAACCAACCAACCAAGUGAAAUGCCAAGCAAUUAAAAAAAGAAGUUUAAUUCCCCGUCCCAUAUAUGUCUGUCUCUUUUCUCUCCCCCUCGCCCAUCUUUUCAACGACAUUUUGUGACUUAAAACGUCAGACCAGUCUUUGAGAGCGUAAUCAUGGUGGCUGCAAGGAUACAACUUGUUUUACAUCAGGAUGUGACCCAUUUGGGGCCUGCAGGGUACCUUGGCUUCAUAGACGCUGGUAUCUAGGAAUGACACUUGCACCUUUUCCCCCCAUCCCACCUUGCAGCUGCCUCACGGGUUGCCCCCUCACACUGAGGAUCUGGCCUCUGAACUAGAGCAGCGCUUCCUCAGCAGCCCAGACUGGCUUCCCAUCCACCACUUCGAAAGGUCUCACAGGUGAGGCUCUCGGCGGCCGCGGAGCCAUCUUUCCCUUGUGUCUCUCCUUCCAGAAAGGAGCAAAAGAAGACACGGUUACUCGUGUGUUCUCUGGUUGGGGCGACAGUUUUGGUGGUGUGGGAUCUGGGAAUGUUUUUGGUGUUGUUGUUUUUUUCAAAAAACCCCCCCAAAAUCCUGCCUGCUUUCUCGAGGAAGGUUCUGGCCCCGCGAGAAAGACAUCCAGUCACUCUUUGAGGUGGACGUCACCCCCGUGCAUUCGACGCUUCAGGCUGAGCGCAACCCCACCACAGGAGAGCUGCUGGGCUUCAGAGAGGUGAGGGACGGUGUUCCCACCAGAAUAUCAUUUUGUCAGGCAAGGGUGGGGAGUCCUAGGCCAAGGGACUCAAGGUGGCCUUCCGGCACUCUCUGCCUGGCCCGCAGAACUUUCCCCACACCCCCUAACCAGCCCCGCUUUGCACCCCCCUGAGUGUUCUCGCCUGGCUGGAAUUGGUUCUUAAACUCUUGCCCGUGAGAAGGCUAGAGAAGGGCAUGUGAGCCGUGUGUGAAAACUAGCCUGCUGUAGGAAGAUCAAAGGCACACUCGUUGCUCCACCCUCUUUUUUACCUGGCCCCACCCACUGCGUUGUCCUGAAGUGAGUGCGUUCCUUGGGCAGAAAGGGGUUUCUCACCUUGUCAGGGCGGGCAGGCGGGUCAAUAUUCUCCAGCCAACCAGGGCUAGCAAUACCUGGUGGAAGGCCAGGGGCAGGUGUAGUUUGGGGAAAGCAGUCUCGCGGGCCAAAUUGGGGACCUGUGCCAAGCCACAUCUUCCCCCCACCCUUGUGCUAAAUCUCUGGACGCCUCCAUGGUAGCAGCCAGGCUCUGGUACAUGUCCCGUUCUGCUGCCCACCCCAUCCCCCGGUUGCUCCAAGGAAGGAUUGCAACGUCCGCUUGAGCAUUUUGCUCCACUUGCAGCUAGAUACAGACACUGUGGUCUAAACCACUGAGCCUCUUGGGCUUGCCAGUCAGAAGAUCAGUGGUUCGAAUCCCUGCGACAGGGUGAGCACCCAUUACUCUGUCUCAGCUCCUGCCAGCUUAGCAGUUCGAAAGCACACCAGUGCAAGUAGAUAAAUAGGUACCACUGCAGCGGGAAAGUAAAUGGCGUUUUCAUGUCCUCUGGUUUCCAUCACGGUGUUCUGUUGCGCCAGAAGUCAUGCUGGCCACAUGACCCAGAAAGCUGUCUGUGGACAAACGGUGGCUCCCCCGGCCUGAAAAGCGAGAUGAGCACCGCAACCCUAUAGUCGCCUUUGACUGGACUUAACCAUCCAGAGAUCCUUUACCUUUUACCUUUAAACCCCCCCCCCCCCACAUGGCCGGGUAUGUGCGGCACCGGGAAAUAAAUAGAUAGAUUCAAAUCAGGAAAUGAUGAGAGAGAGCUGAAGAGUCCUUGUGGCAUCCUUGUGACGUCCGUGAUGAUGGAGGAAGCCCCAACAAGACCAGAAGUGUAGUGGGGCUUUGUUUCAGCGGUUCAGCCUUCCCACCUAACAGGUGACAAAAGCAGGAGAAAACCGGCAUUUUAGGGGCUUUUUAGAGGGUGCUUCCCACCUAAUGCCAUUUUCACUAUGCACAUGGGGCCCCGGAACAUAACCCCCUGCAUAAGUGGGGAGGACACCUGUGUACCUGCUGUCUUGAAUUGAGAAUACAGUCUAUAGGAAUUUAAGAACUGUUGGGAGAGCGGGGAACUGGCCAUGCACCUUUUGGUCUUGACACUGCUCCCCCUUCCGUUUCAGGCACUUGUGGACAACAUGGGCUUGUCGGCCAAAAAUUCUCUUUCCUUCCAACGAGCACCCGGCCCUCCAGUCGAGGCUCUCCGAGGCAGCGCUACCAAUUACCCCUUCUGGCCAGGUAUGGGUCUCCUGUUCGCGCUGCCUGGUCUGGGGAAUUGGCGCUACAGUCUUAUGCCAGGGCUUGGAAUCAUGUUAGGACUCCAGCUCCCAUCAGCCCCAGCCAGCAAGGCCAGUGGGUCAGAGAUGAUGGGAGGAGGGCCCCCCCCCACAUCAUGAUUUUUGCCAGCGCCUGCUCUUGUGGUUGUCAGGAGCUCAGCCUACACUCGAGCAGGACCCUGGCAGAGACACAUGCCCGACUGGCAUGUUCUCUCCCUCCUGUUCGAUCGUUUGGGAGCUUCAAAAGCUUUCUUCAGCCCAAACAUCACAGCAACCGAUGCCAACCGACACCGGCACACUUAGGGAUCCGCAGAGUUUUCGCAGCUUGCGUAGCAGACCUCAGCAACUCAGCAUUUUGGCCAAGCUACUUUAUUUACAUAAAAACACACACGGAGCACUGCAACAUGGCUCCCUCUCUAGCAUCAGACAGCAAAGAGGAAAAGAACAAAGGACAAUAGUCCCACUUCAUGGAACACAGUAACACUAACAUCCUGUCUCCAUCACUUCCCACUCUGUGGAGUCAAAACAUACACUGCCAUGUGAUAGAUGACAAUCCUAUGACUGCAAUCACGGAGCAGGAAUUCUAACAGUGAUUUGCUAUUCUGUGUAGGAGUCAGGAGAGAGCUGUGCCAGCAGACUUGACAGGGACUGCAGGAAUCGAGAGAAGCAUUGGCUGGCUUCACGGUUUUCCCCGCAUUGUGAUUUUUGCAUAACACACACACACACACACACACACACAAUCAUGAUUUGCAGUAUAUUGCUGGGUGAAAAAUUAUGUAAGCACCAUCACAAUAUGGACUUCAAACCAGUUUUUGGCGAUAUAUCAAUAUAUCGCCCAGCCCUACUGUGCAAUUCAGUUGCAGAAUUCUGAGUCUUCUGACUGCAGAAUUAUUGCCAUGCAUGCAGCUUUGCUCUUAACUGUCCGCAGUGCAUUGUUUUAACUCAACCUCUCUCUAGGUGGGAUGGACGAACCCAGCCUUGAACAGAUCAAGACUCAAGAAGACCAGGAAGAGGACAUUGAUUUUGAGAACGGUACUUGGAUCUGUUCUAGGCAAUAGCCGCAAUGGUGCACCUUCUCUUAGGAUCCCAGCCAGUUCUGGGUUGCUGUUGUUAAUGCCAUGUGUUCUCUGCAGCAGCCUUGGUGAGGCUUGAAGACGUUACCCUAUUUAUGUAGGGUGGGAAGAUAGGGAGAGAACAUGGUGGGCUAUGGGGUUGCCUCUUCUUGAAAUCACAACCGGGUGGCCUUUGAUAGCAAAAAAAUCACCCUAGUAAGGGUAGAAGGGACCCGGGUGGUGCUGUGGGUUAAACCACAGAGCCUAGGACUUGCCGAUCAGAAGGUUGGCGACGGGGGUGAGCUCACAUUGCUUGGUCCCUGCUCCUGCCAACCUAGCAGUUCGAAACCAUGUCAAAGUGCAAGUAGAUAAAUAGGUACCGCUCCAGCGGGAAGGUAAACGGCGUUUCCGUGCGCUGCUCUGGUUUGCCAGAAGCAGCUUAGUCAUGCUGGCCACAUGACCCGGAAGCUGUACACCGGCUCCCUCAGUCAAUAAAGCGAGAUGAGCGCCGCAACCCCAGAGUCGGCCACGACUGGACCUAAUGGUGAGGGGUCCCUUUACCUUUACCUUUAGUAAGGCUAGAGUGAUGAAAUAACAGGCACCGAGUGCGAAUUAUGAUGUGUUGAAGUCGUUUUUUUAAGCCCACUCUUCAGAUGGAAAGGCCAGCAGCACAGUUGACAGAAGAUCAAUAAAAAUAAGGACAAUCCCCGCAGAUUCUGGGGCCUCUCUCCUCUCUCAGGGCUCACUGUUGAUACGUGGCCUGGGCCUCUGAGCAGGUGCAGGGAGCUGCCCUACCAUACCAUCACUUUGGGACAUUGUGAGAAAUUUAAAAGGGUGGCUGGACCCAGCUGUCCUUGACAGCUGCCUCUGCAGCCAGGUAUCCCACUGGCAUGAGGAGGUUAGGCCCAUCAGAGGAUCCUCUGACUGGGGCCUUCUCGUACCUCAAGCUGCCCCCUGCUUUGAGGCCACGGACCCUUCUCUUUCCUUCCGUCUUCAAGCCCAUGUCCCUUCCUGCUUUUUCUUUCUUCCCUCAGAUUUGCUGACGGUCCCACCAGGCUGGAAGAAGGGAGUGGAGUUCACCAGACAAGGUAACCUCAUUUCUGGUAGAGAGAUGAUUAGGACUGGUGAGGAGGCUGGCUUGGGGGCUGGGAGACAGUGUGGUGUAGUGGUUAGAACAAGGGCAGCUAGCAUGGCACUCUCUGGGUGUUGUUGGACUCCCAGUUCCCAUCAGCCCCUUCUGGUAUGGCCCAAUGGUCAGAGAUGAUGAUAACUGUUGUCUAGCAGCUUCUGUAAGGCUACCCUGGGGCAAGACCACCUCUCUCCAUAUGAACCUACCCAGACACUGAGAACAUCAACUGAGGUCCUUUUUCGUGUGCCUCCUCCACAUGAGGUCUGGAAGUUGGCAACAUGAGAAAGGGCCUUUUCUGUGGUGGCUCCCCUGGUGCCUUCAUUAUACACCUUUAGGCUCCAGGCGAAAAUGUUCCUUUUCAACCAGGUCUCUGGCUAAACAUCCUGUAUAUCCUUUUAUACAUAUUUGGGGAAGGGGUUUAUUGUUUUGUUUUGUUUUUGUUACGUGUUUUAUAUUUAUAUACUGUAUGCUGUGAACCACCCUGAGAUCUUUGGAUAAAGGGCGAUAUACAAAGAAACAUAAGCAAUAAGAGCAUUGAGCUAGGACCUUGGAGAUCUGGGUUCAAAUCCCCCAUCUGCCUUGGAGCUUGGCCCAGUCACUGUCUCUGCCCUAACAUGAGCUGAAAGACCAUAGCAAGCCUUGUAGAGAGGUUUGCCCUCGCAUGAAACACACAUUUCCACGGCAUAUUUUCCACUGAGCCAGUUGCAAACUCUUCCUUGGAUCACUGAGCCCAAAAGCUGCUCUCCCCACCCCUGCCCUCCUGCCCUCACAGGGGAUUCCUGAGUGGAGAAACCUAUCUUGCUUGUGUGUCUCACCCCCCACUUCAGAGCUCAAGGCCUCCCCAGGGUUGCUGAACUUGACCCACCUGCUGGGGGCCCUGGACACCUUUGAGCUGGGAGCCUCCAGCGACGAAGAAGAGAAGGAGAAGGCCGAGGAAGGGAGGAAGAGGACGAAGAAGGGGAAAGGGGCGAAGGCAGAGGAGGCGCCCCCGGCAGAACCAGCGCCGCUGCAGAGGGCAAACAGCCUGGAGGAGCUGGUGCUUAAGGUAGGGCCACCUGCGUGCAGAGAGGGUGAGGCGUUCUCAAAGUAAAGGAAGGAUUGAACUCUGAUUAAUAAGAAUACACACAGAGGCUUGAACCAGCAAGACUCUGGGAAGGGUGCGUAUAAUAAUCUGUCUCUCCACCCCCUGGCCCAGGUCAUUUUAUUCACAAAAGAACUUCUUACAGAGAGUUUGUAAGAACCAAUCAGAUGAGCACCGCAACCCCAGAGUCAGUCACGACUGGACCUGAUGGUCUGGGGUCCCUUUACCUUUACCUUUAAGAUCAACAUCCUGAGAUUAACAUAUCAGAAAGGCUACUUCAGAGAAGCUGCCCACUAUCUUUCACAGCCCAGGAUGCAUGCCUGGUGAAGCAGCUGGCCACUGGGCUGUGUACGUGACUUGUCAAGCAAGAGAAAAGGACAGUAGAGGAAAUGGCCAGAGAUGCAGAGGGUUGUGGGAUUUGAUCAGAAAUUAUUGUCAAUGAAACCCAGUCAACGCCAUGCUUUCACAGCGGACACAAUGGCUUGAUGCAUAUUUUAUAAUUCCUCAUAGUAGUCCCACCUGACCCUACACUCUGGAUAUUUGCACUCCUACAGAGGGACGGGAGGAUCUUGGGGCGAUGUUGGCAGGUGCCCAAGCAGGUGGCAGGUGGGUUUCUCUGUCUAUAGAGGUGAGGGAAGACUGGCAGAAGAUGCAGCAGGCUUCUGGCCUGGGAAAGAACUGCGAAGGGUGCUGCCACCCAGGAGUCAAAGCUGCUCUAGCCAAAUUCAGACAAAAGGAAGGACAAGGCUACUAGAUAUGGUGGCUCUGAAUAGAACCAGCAUUGGUACGCAACCCUCCCUUUUUAUUGGGUCUGUGGGUGGGUGGAGGAUUCCCUUUUCCCGUCCUUGGCUUCCUUUACGCUGCCUGUCUCCUCUUUGCCUUCCUCUCAGGAGGUGACGCCCGCCCCUAAAUCAGCCCCACAGGCCGCCCCGGCCCCUACUGCGGCUUCUGAGCCCCCCAAAGAGCAGUGGGCCAUCCCAGUGGACGUCAGCUCCCCCGUGGACGACUUCUACAAGCGAAUUCCUGAUCCAGCUUUCAAGGUACGAUGGCAGCUCAGAGGGCCAAGCGGGGAGAGGAAAGGUAGGGGCUAAUAAUAAUAAUAAUAAUAAUAAUAAUAAUUUAUUAUUUAUACCCCGCCCAUCUGGCUGAGUUUCCCCAGCCACUCUGGGCAGCUCCCAAUCAAGUGUUAAAAACAGUACAGCAUUACAUAUUAAAAACUUCCCUAAACAGGGCUGCCUUCAGAUGUCUUUUAAAGAGAAGAUAGCUGCUUAUUUCCUUCACAUCUGAAGGGAGGGCGUUCCACAGGGAGGGCGCCACUACCAAGAAGGUCCUCUGCCUGGUUCCCUGUAACCUCACUUCUCGCAAUGAGGGAACCGCCAGAAGGCCCUCGGCGCUGGACCUCAGGGUCUGGGCUGAACGAUGGGGGUGGGGCCAAGGACUGAUGACGCUAAACUCCUGCCCCCUGUGUGACUUCCUCUCUCUUUCUCCCCACUCCUCAGUGGCCUUUUGAGCCAGACGUUUUCCAGAAGCAGGCGAUUCUCCACUUGGAGAAGCACGACUCCGUGUUUGUCGCUGCCCACACCUCUGCCGGAAAGACCGUGGUGGCGGAAUACGCCAUUGCUCUGUCCCAGAAGCACAUGACACGGUGAGAAUGCCUGUUAUGAAUGAUAAUAAUUAACAUUUGUACCCUACCUUUCCUCCAGGAAGCUCAAGGAGGAGAAGUAUGUAUUUUUCCUCACAACAACCCUGUGAGGUAGGUCAGGCGGAGAUGUAGUGACUGGCCCGUGGUUGCUCAGCGAGCUCCAUGGCAGAGGGGGGAUUUGAACCCUGGUCUCCCAGGUCAUCGUCUGACACUAACCACUAUACCACACUAGCUCUUACAGUGUUUAGCUGCCCUCCAUGCCCAAAUGAACACUGUUAUGUAAAAUAUAGUGGUACCUCGGGUUAAGAACUUAAUUCUGUUCUUAAGAAGUCUGUUCUUAACCUGAAACUGUUCUUAACCUGAGGUACCACUUUAGCUAACGGGGCCUCCCACUGCUGCGGCGCGAUUUCCGUUCUCAUCCUGAAGCAAAGUUCUUAACCUGAGGUACCACUUUAGCUAAUGGGGCCUCCCACUGCUGCGGCGCGAUUUCCGUUCUCAUCCUGAAGCAAAGUUCUUAACCUGAGGUACCACUUUAGCUAAUGGGGCCUCCCACUGCUGCGGCGCGAUUUCCGUUCUCAUCCUGAAGCAAAGUUCUUAACCUGAAGCACUAUUUCUGGGUUAGCGGAGUCUGUAACCUGAAGCGUAUGUAACCUGAAGCGUAUGUAACCCAAGGUACCACUGUACUGAACCUGCUAGGGUUGAGCCUGUGAGGCCUUGGCCUAGGACAACAAAAUAUCCGUUUUUAUUGACUCACGUAGGGAGGGAAAGUAGUAAAACAGACUCCUGUCCCAGGCAAUUGCCUAUGAUUACCUAGUAAAGGUAAAGGGACUCCUGACCAUUAGGUCCAGUCGUGGCCGACUCUGGGGUUGCGGCGCUUAUCUCGCUUUAUUGGCCGAGGGAGCCAGCGUACAGCUUCUGGGUCAUGUGGCCAGCAUGACUAAGCCGCUUCUGGCAAACCAGAGCAGCGCACAGAAACGCCGUUUACCUUCCCACUGGAGCGGUACCUAUUGGGUAUGCUGGAGUCCAGAGUCUCCUCCUUUUGAACUUCUAAAACUCUUUAUUUUCUUCCCUGCAGCACCAUCUACACUUCCCCAAUCAAAGCUCUCUCCAACCAGAAGUUUCGGGAUUUCAAGAACACCUUUGGGGACGUGGGGUUGUUGACGGGGGACGUUCAGCUCCAUCCGGAUGCCUCAUGCCUCAUCAUGACGACGGAAAUCCUUCGGUGAGGAUUUGGGGUAUAAAUAGGGAGGGGUUUGCAAAUGUGCCCCGAAAUGCCAGCAAUCCUUGGUUUAAAAGAAGCUCUUGGAAAAGACAAAUGUCACUCUUUAGACCCAUCCUAUUAUUAUUAUUGGGGACGCGGGUGGCGCUGUGGGUAAAACCUCAGCGCCUAGGGCUUGCCGAUCGCAUAGUCGGCGGUUCGAAUCCCCGCGGUGGGGUGAGCUCCUGUCUUUCGGUCCCAGCUCCUGCCCACCUAGCAGUUCGAAAGCACCCCUAAGUGCAAGUAGAUAAAUAGGUACCGCUUUCUAGCGGGAAGGUAAACGGCAUUUCCGUGUGCUGCGCUGGUGCCGGCUCGCCAGAGCAGCUUCGUCACGCUGGCCACGUGACCCAGAAGUGUCUCCAGACAGCGCUGGCCCCUGGCCUCUUAAGUGAGAUGGGCGCACAACCCUAGAGUCGGACACGACUGGCCCGUAUGGGCAGGGGUACCUUUACCUUAUUAUUAUUAUUAUUAUUAUUAUUAUUAUUAUUAUUAUUAAUUAUUAUUUAUACCCCCCAUCUGGCUGGGCUUCUCCAGCCACUCUGGGCGGCUUCCAACAAAAUAUUAAAAUACAGUGGUCUGUUAAACAUUAAAAGCUUUCCUAAACAGGGCUGCCUUCAGAUGUCUUCUAAAAGUCUGGUAGUUGUUCUUCUCUUUGACAUCUGGUGGGAGGGUGUUCCACAGGGCGGGUGCCACUACCGAGAAGGCCCUCUGCCUGGUUCCCUGUAACAUGGCUUCUUACAGCAAGGGAACCACCAGAAGGCCCUCAGAGCUGGACCUCAGUGUCCGGGCAGAACAAUGGGGGUGGAAACGCUCCUUCAGGUAUACUGGACUGAGGCCGUUUAGGGCUCUAAAGGUCAGCACCAACACUUUGAAUUGUGCUCGGAAACAUAUGAUUACCAUUAUCAUUACAUACCAACCAUUUUCUGCCUUUUUCUAAUGGUGCCCAAAAUCUGGUCCGUGGAAUGGGCUUCCCUCGGGAGGCUGUGGACUCUCCUUCCUUGGAGAUUUUUAAGCAGAGGUUGGAUGGUCGUUCAUCAGGGAUGCUUGAGUUGAGAUUCUUGCAUUGCAGGUGGUUGGACUAGAUGACCCUCGGGGGGUCCUUUGCAAUGCUACCAUUCUAUGAUUCUACGGUCCGGCCAGCCCUUGUUCUGCUGUUGAUCAGGGUAAAGAGUCCCGGUCUUGCAAUAUCCCUUUCUCUUUCCAAAAACCCUCAGGUCAAUGCUCUAUAACGGCUCAGAUGUCCUCAGAGACUUGGAGUGGGUGAUCUUUGACGAGGUGCAUUACAUCAACGACUCAGAGGUGAGGAAAUGCGCACACCAAGGGGAGCAGGGCUUGGAUCCGCCACGUACCAAGUCGAGGCAGUAUUGUCUGCACAGGCUGGCAGCAGCUUUCCCGGGUCUGAGAUCUUUCCUAGCCCUGCCUGCAGAUGCCAGGAACUGAACCUGAGACCUGCUACCAGGGACUGCAUUCUGCACGCCAAUCAGAGCCUACAGCUCCUCUCCCCAUCCGCAGCCUUCCUAGAAACAUAGGUAGCUGCCUUGUUCUUCCGGGUCAUGUGGCCAGCAUGACUAAGCCGCUUCUGGCGAACCAGAGCAGCGCACGGAAACACCGUUUACCUUCCUGCUGGAGCAGUACCUAUUUAUCUACUUGCACUUUUGACGUGCUUUCGAACUGCUAGGUUGGCAGGAGCAGGGACCAAGCAACGGGAGGUCACCCCGACGCGGGGAUUUGAACCACCAACCUUCUGAUCGGCAAGUCCUAGGCUCUGUGGUUUAACCCACAGCGCCACCCGCAUCCCACUCUGAACUGGUACAGUCCAGAAUAGAGAUGGCGAAGGCCUGGAUGAAACCUGGAAAAAUGAGGGGAGGGGGGAAUUUUGUUGUUGUAUUCAGGUCCUUCUGGCGGCCAUGGGCCUGACAUAGCAGAGGUCUUCUUAAUUUCUUCCGUUCCCUUGCAGCGUGGGGUUGUCUGGGAGGAGGUUCUCAUCAUGCUGCCAGACCACGUGAACAUAAUUUUGCUGAGUGCCACCGUCCCCAACACCCUGGAGUUUGCUGACUGGAUAGGGUAAGAAGUGGUGCAGUCGGAAACGAAAAUCUUGGUGCUGAGAUUCCUGCGUUGCAGGGGGUUGGACUAGAUGGCCCUUGGGGGUCCCUUCCAACUCUGCAGUUCUAUGGUUCUAGGAAGAGGGAGGGAUGAGGGAUGGAGGGGACUGGGCUGGGGAGGGAAUAAAGGAGCAUAGUGCUUUUAUGGGAUGUGAAAACCCUAAUAAAUGGCCAAUUAAAGAAUAGUAAUAAUAAAUAAUAAUAAAAUUUUAUUUAUACCCCGCCGUUCCCGGUUCAGAAAACCGGGCUCAGGGCAGCUAACAACAAAUUUAAAACACUUAAUUGUGAUACAACAAAAAACAGCAUAAAACAUGAAUAACAAUAAAUUCAGAAUUCAAAAAUCAAUUUAGGGGGGAAAUCCAUCCAAUAAACAUUAGAUGAUCACCAGGGCUAGCUGGCUAAAUUAGUCCUAUUUGGGCCAGCGAGGAGACCAGGGGAGAAUUAGCUGUGGGAUCCCAGAGCGGGUAAUCUUCAUAAAAAGGGGAGAGGGAGGGAAGGAAGGGGAAUAAAAGAUCAGGCUAAGUUCAAAUUGAAAGCCAGGCGGAAUAGCUCUGUCUUACAGGCUGCGGAAGAAAGUUAAGUCCUGCAGGGCCCUAGUCUCAUGGGACACAGCAUUCCACCAGGUCGGAGCCAUCACUGAAAAGGCCCUAGCCCUGGUGGAGGAUAAUCUGACUUAGGGCCCGGGACCUCUAAAGUAUGAUUAUUCAUGGACUUUAAGGUCCUCUGCGGGGCAUACCAGGAGAGUAAAGGUAAAGGUAAAGGGACCCCUGAUCAUUCAUUCCAGUCGUGGCCGACUCUGGGGUUGCUCAUCUCGUUUUAUUGGCCGAGGGAGCCGGCGUACAGCUUCCGGGUCAUGUGGCCAACAUGACGUAAGUUGCUUCUGGCGAACCAGAACAGCGCACAGAAACGCCAUUUACCUUCCCGCUGGAGCGGUACCUAUUUAUCUACUUGCACUUUGACGUGCUUUUGAACUGCUAGGUGGGCAGGAGCAGGGACCGAGCAACGGGAGCUCACCCCGUCGCGGGGAUUCGAACCGCCAACCUUCUUAUCGGCAAGUCCUAGGCUCUGUGGUUUAACCCACAGCGCCACCCGCGUCCCUAUACCAGAAGAGGCGGUCCCGUAAGUAGUAAGUGCUACAGCCAAUGUCAUGUUUGGUUGGGCACAGAGGAUUGGUGGGAGGGAGCAGCUGGGGAACCCCCAAAGGAAGAAGGCUCAGAGCCCGGGGAGUGGUGGUGGGACGACAACACUUGGCAGAAGGCGAAGAGGGACAAGACUGAGAGGAUGUUUGGAAGCUGAAGAGGUAACAGGGCUUGGUGUGAGCUAGGAGAGUUGUGGCAGAGAGAAGCCCAGAAUCAAGCACAGAAGCUGAAACAGGAGAGGAGGGGGCCAAGAGGUAGAGAUGAGGCAGGCUGCUGACGAGGGUCAGGUGUCUCCCCUUCCUACUACAACAAGCUCCCCUCCCCACUGGUGUCCCAGGACCAGAAGAGGCAUGAAAAGGGCGGAGGAGACGUUGGCGACAUGCAGUCUCAGAUUGCUUGGGGGGAACCCUGAAGAGGAGGAGACAUAGGCAGCUGUGGGGAAGCGGGGCCCUUUAGUCUCAGCAACUGCUUCAUAGGGGCAAGACCUACCAAAGAUGAUAAGACCUACCAAAGAUGAGAGCCAGUGUGGUGUAGUGGUUAAGAGCGGUAGUCUCGUAAUCUGGGGAACCGGGUUCGCUUCCCCGCUCCUCCACAUGCAGCUGCUGGGUGACCUUGGACUAGUCACACUUCUCUGAAGUCUCUCAGCCCCACUCACCUCACAGAGUGUUUGUUGUGGGGGAGGAAGGGAAAGGAGAAUGUUAGCCGCUUUAAGACUCCAAAGGGAGUGAGAGGCGGGGCAUCAAAUCCAAACUCUUCUAUAAUGGUGUGCUCAUUAGGCCUGACAUCCUGCCAAGUCUGUGGAGGUUGUGUUUUUGCUAAUGAAAGAGGUCACUCCAACUUGCUUGGUGCAAUUUACUGCAGGCUCACCCCUGCCAGCAGGGAUGGGAAACUUCAGCAGCAGCAGCCUAGGGACUUUUCACAGGCCCCACCCCCUCACCAGGUCCCACCCUUGAUGGGAGCUGCUCCACACCCUCCUUAAGCGCUUCUCGCUGGCUGGGAUGUGGCCUUAAACUCUGUCAAUAAUAAUAAUAAUAAUUAUUAUUAUUAUUAUUAUUAUUAUUAUUAUUAUUAUUAUUAUUUAUACCCCGCCCUUCCCAGCCAAGGGCGGCUAACAAGCAAUAAUAAAAACAAGUUGAAUGAAUACAACUUGAAGACAAAAUUAAAAUACAACAUUAAAAUAUUAAAAUGUAGCCUCAGCGCAGGAGGAGAAAGGAAAAAGAAAGAGGGGGAGGGAAUCAAAUUGGCUCCAAGCCAAAGGCCAGGCAGAACAACUCUGUCUUACAGGCCCUGCGGAAAGAAAUCAGAUCCUGCAGGGCCCUGGUCUCAUGAGGCAGAGCGUUCCACCAGGCCGGAGCCAGUGUUGAAAAGGCCCUGGCUCUGGUUGAAGCUAAUCUAACUUCCUUAGGGUCCGGGACCACUAGGGUGUUGCUAUUUAUGGACCUUGAGGCUCUCCGUGGAGCAUACCGGGAGAGGCGGUCCUGUAGGUAUGAGGGUCCUAGGCCGUGAAGGACUUUAAAGGUCAAAAGCAGCACCUUAAAUCUGACCCUGUACUCCACCGGGAGCCGGUGCAGCUUGAAAAGCACUGGAUGAAUAUGCUCCCAUGGCAGAGACCCCGUGAGGAGCCUCGCUGCAGCAUUCUGCACCCGCUGGAGUUUCUGGGACAGCUCUUGCUUGCCUGUAUGGAAGACAGAGAGGGGUGUCUGUGAGCACAUCUAGAAGCCAGCUGAUUGUACAAAUGCAAAAUUUGCAUUUGUUGCCCCGCCCACCCCUGGCUUGCCUGUCUCCCAUUGGAAGGUGGCCCAGAAGGGAUAAAGAAGGGCUCCUCCCCCUUGCAGUACCAUCAUAUCUAUCACGCCAGCAUCUGCCGUGUAGACGUGUGCCUUGGGUGAGCUGGGGGAAACAGGAGAGUCCGCAAGCCUGCAACUCAGCCAUGCUGGGCAUCCUUCUCUCUUUGCAGGAGGAUCAAGAGGAAGAAAAUCUACGUGAUCAGCACCCUGAAGCGCCCCGUCCCGCUGGAACAUUACCUGUACACAGGCAACAGCCAGAAAACGCAGAACGAGCUCUUCCUGCUGGUCGACGCCCGCGGCACGUUCCUGACCAAGGGGUGAGGGCCGAUGCGCUGGCAGAGCGUCUCGGCGGCUGGUGGGAAGCCAAAUGGCAGCCCCCACCCCACCUUGGUGGCCAAAAGUGUAGUAAGCCCAAUAACUGCACUUUAAUGGUGCCCCAGAUCUUGUCUCCAGAAGCAACUCACUUAGUCCAUCUAAAUGGCAGGGGCAUGGCCUUGUAAAACAGUUAGGGAAGGGAAGCCGGUGUGGCCGACGGCUGAGGAUGAUGGGAGUUGUAGUCCAGGAAGGUCAGGAGGGCAUGGCAUUGGCUACCGCUGGCAUCAGGUUGGCUUGUUAACCAUGCCUUAGGUUUACUCCAACCCCGGCCCAAGACACUCUCUUCCUGGCUGAGACAAGCUGAAAAUGGCACCCCAUCCCCUCUCCUCAUUUUUUCUCUUUUUUUACUUGUAGUCCGUGGAAUAAUGUCUUAUCCACCCUUUGCUUACGUACAUAAAGUGAGAAAUAUUAAUAAUAAUAAUAAUAAUAAUAAUAAUAAUGGAUCAGACUCUUACUGUCCAACCAGAUUCCUAUUGGUAUCUUGGAUACCUGAGCACAAAAGCCGCUUUCCCCGCUUGCGAGUCCCAACAACUCUGGUAUUUUACCCUUGAUUUGGCUUGUGAUAUAUAGCCAUCAUGAUGAGUAGCCAUUGGUAGCUGUGGCUGCUCUCCAUUAGUUUGUCCCAAACCCCUAAACUUUGUGUGCUUUAUGAAUGAAUCCUUCCUUUGGCUGGCCUGAAUCCUCCGUGGGGCCGGCCCUGCCAGUAGGCCGAGUGAAGCAGUUGCCUCAGGUGGCAGAUGCUCAGGGAUGGUUGGGGGAAUGGUGGCAAGGCAUCGGAAGGGCAGAGCUGGCAUGUGCCACUCACAGCCUGCCCUGAGCGAACUUGCUCCCCAUGGACGUGGUGGGGCGAGGGGUGCUGUCCUGUUGCCAGUAUUGAAGUAAGAUUCAGCUGCUGGUUUAGCUAUGGAACUGGGAGCGGCGGCCAUCUUGUCCUUUGCCUCAGGCAGCAAAAAAAGUUGACCGUCCAAUGCUCAGCUCCACUAGAUGGCUUGGAGUAUUUCUGAGAGGAAAAAAACCUCUGUCCCUUUUGCCCUGCACCAUGUGUAACUUUAUACGCCUUGGUCGUGUUUCCUCUCGCCCCUUUCUCCCUAUCCAAAUGAAUCCUCCAGGUAUUACGAUGCUGUGGAUGCCAAGAAGGAGCGGGCCAGCAAGCAUUCCCAGACCUUCGGGGCCAAGCAGCCCAUGCACCCGGGGGCUGGGGCAGGCCAGGUACGCUGGGCCAGGUUCAUCGCGGACCUGGGAGGGAGGGAGUUUGAUGCUGGCCUGUUGGGAAUCUGUGUACGUGCAGCUACUCACACAGAGUCAAUUAAGGUUUGGCAGACAACCAGAAGGCAAUCUGAAGGAAUAAGUCUGCCUGGUGAUAACAGAGACAUGGAGACAGCUCCCUGAUUGGUCAAGCUCUCUCAAGGGAGUGAUAAUUAAUGGCCUACUAACUGGAAUGUGUGAGUUCAGAGGUUCAGAGUUCUGUGUGUCAGUGUAGGAGUUGUGAGUCGUGUCAGAGAGAGCUAGCAAAAGAUCCGUGUUCUGUUCCUGUAAAUAGUCCACUGUAUAUAAUAAACACUUAACUACAAGUUCCUGGUUCCUGCUUCGUCUAUCCUGCCUGCAGCCAAGUCGCCAAUUGCUUCUGUGGAGUCUGUGUUUACUCUGCUAGGUCUGGCUAAGGUCCUGCAACUAGUCAGAAAGUUGCCAAACACCAAAUAGGUCCCCCCCCCCCCCCGGCAUCAAUAAAUACAUAAAAUGACCCAGUGCUGCUGUGUGUUGUAACAAGAAGGGCAAUGGAGAAUGGGUUCAUUAGGACCUAAUGUCGCCACUUCUCCUUUGCCGUAGCUUUUUAAAAACAAGGGUGGGGGCGCCUUUUGGCGUGUGGAAUCCUGAGCCCCCAACCCCCUGGCAGGCCACCUUGAUAGGUGAGUGUGGCCAUGGUGGCAGAGGCUGAUGGGACUUGUAGUCCAGGAUGCCGGCCUAGGCCCCAAGCCAAGUUGACCUGUGGCGUUCCCCUCAGGACAAGAACAUCUGGCUCUCCCUCAUCGACAUGCUGCGCAAGAAGGACCAGCUGCCCGUGGUGGCCUUCACCUUCUCCCGCAACCGCUGCGACGACAACGCCUCCAUGCUCACCACCGUCAACCUGACCACGACGAACGAGAAGAGCGAGAUCCACGUCUUCUUCCAGAAGUGCAUCUCCCGCCUGAAGGGCACAGACCGCCAGCUGCCUCAGGUCAGAGAGUGGGGCAGCGAGUGGUUGGCUUUGCGGCGAGACGCGCAGGGCGCUGGGCCUCUUGGCAUGAAGGGGUCUCUUCAGUUUUAGGGUUGCUGAGGGGAACCGGGCCUCCAAACAGCUUCGCUGCCCAGGGAGGAAAAGCCAUGCCUUGGAACAACUUAACUGCUAGAUAGCGGCUUCAUCACCUUCCACAUGUGUCCCAAGGAGAUGUACAAUAUAGAAUUUUAAAAAGCUGUUUCAUGUUGCUACUUGGCCUUUUGACUAAGAUCAGGGGUAGCACCUGUUCUUUUCAGUUUAAUAUCUGAUAUGGCAUCUGAGGACUAUACUGUACAGUGGUACCUUGGUUCUUGAACGUAAUCCAUUCUGGGAGUCCGUUCAACUCCCGAAACCAUUCGAAAACCAAGGCGCGGCUUCCAAUUGGUUGCAGGAGCUUCCUGCACUCAAUCAGAAGCUACAGAAGCCACGUUGGACAUUCAGCUUCUGAAAAACGUUCGCAAACCGGAACACUUACUUCCAGGUUUUUGGCAUUUGGGAGCCGAUUUGUUCAACAACUAAGCCAUUCGGGAACCAAGGUACCACUGUACGUUAAAAGUAUUUUUGGUGCUGGGAGAUGGAAUAGGGGUUUGCCCCAUCCACAGUGGUACAUCGGGUUACAGAUGCUUCAGGUUACAGACGCUUCAGGUUACAGACUCCGCUAACCCAGACAUAGUACCUCGGGUUAAGAACUUUGCUUCAGUAUGAGAACAGAAAUCGCACAGUGGCGGCGCGGGGCAGCGGGAGGCCCCAUUAGCUAAACUGGUACCUCAGGUUAAGAACAGUUUCAGGUUAAGAACGGACCUCCGGAACGAAUUAAGUUCUUAACCCAAGGUACCACUGUACCAGCACCUUGUACUUGGCCCACCUUGGAUUUCAGCCUGGCUUAAGACUUCAAAAUGGCCGCCGCUCCCAAGUUGUCUCGCAAGCCUAAGCAUCAACAUGGCCGCCAGAGUUGUAUAGACGUUAUUUCCAAGGAGUUUCUUGACAGCCUCUUUCAGUAGAGAAAUCCAAGAUGGUGACGAGCUUCCUGGAAGCAAUAGGGAAGGGGCUGCCGGGCCUUGUCGUUUUUUAACAGCGUUUUAACAGCCCGGUUGCUGUUCUUCUAGGUCCUUCAUAUGGUGGAUCUCUUGAAGCGAGGCAUUGGGGUACAUCACAGCGGCAUCCUGCCCAUCCUAAAGGAAGUGGUGGAGAUGCUGUUCAGCAAAGGCCUCGUCAAGGUGAGUCCUGUGAGCUUAUACUUUGGAGAGGUGCCGCCGUGUGGCUGUUAAGAGUGCUAGACUCAGACUGGGGUCACAUCCGCACUCUUAUGCCGCUUUUAGCAGUCAUGGCUUCCCCCCAAAGAAUCCCGGGAGCUGUAGUUUGUGGAGGGUGUGGCUCUGUGAGCGAGUCUCCCAACAGCGCCUAGCACCCUUAACAUUUCCCAGGAUUCUUUGGGGGGGAAGCCAUGACGGUUUAAAGUGUGGAUGUGACCUGAAGUGGACACAGGUUCCUGUUCCCGCUUGGCACGAGCGUCUCCACCCCCAUCAUCUAGCCCGGACACUGAGGUCCAUCUCCAAGGGCCUUCUGGUGGUUCCCUCACUGUGAGAAGUGAAGCUACAGGGAACCAGGCAGAGGGCCUUCUCAGUGGUGGCGCCCGCCCUGUGGAACGCCCUCCCACCAGAUGUCAAGGAAAUAAACAACUAUCUGACUUUUAGAAGACACCUGCUCUGUAUUGGGAAUUUUUUAAUGUCUGAUGUUUUAUUGUGUUUUUAAUAUUCUGUUGGGAGCCGCCCAGAGUGACUGGAGAAACCCAGCCAGAUGGGUGGGGCAACAACAACAAUAAUAAUAAUAAUAAUUAAUAAUAAUAAUAAUAAUUAAUAAUAAUAAUAAUAAUGCCCACAGGUGAGGAUGAAAGGGCGGGGGCCUCUUACAAGCUACCUUGAGUUCCUUGGAGGAAAGCGAGAUGAAAAUAUAAAAAAAAAAUUAAAAGAAACUGAACGGUUGGGGGUGGGAGUGGAUAUUUCACCCCUCCCGUUGCAAGAAUCUCCUGACAAUGUUUUCAGAAAGGAGGGGGCGGAAUCUGCUCAUCCCUUCUCCUCCAGCCUGACUCUGUGGGAGUCUGAGUGUUCUCUGUGUAGAGAUAAGAUGGCUGCUUCAGCAGCUGUAACACUCAUGCAGUCCAGUGCUUAGUUUCCAGUUUAUUUUUCAGUUUGCAGUAGCUGUAAAAGAAUAAAGAAGUUACGCUUCAGAGCCGUCGUUCGUGUGAUUCAUACUCUGCUGUGCUCUGCUGACUUUGGUGCUCCCAGCUCAAAGUUGUGAGUCCGUUGCACUUAGACCUGCUUCUCUGCAGUGGAAGGUCUCUGGAAGUGCUUUCCCAGCUCACCUGGCCCAGUCGGGGCUGAAGAGGUUGAGCCCAGUCGUUGGCACCGGCUCAAAGGCGAAGCCGACAGUGGGCAGGGGACAAACAUAAGGAGCAACUUGACAACAUUUUUCUCCAUUGUUCUUGAUUCAGAUCCUCUUUGCCACUGAGACUUUCGCCAUGGGAGUGAACAUGCCGGCAAGGACAGUGGUCUUUGAUUCGAUCCGCAAACACGACGGCACAAACUUCCGGGAUCUGGUGCCAGGUAACAGGGAAAGCGGAGGGAGGGCAGGCAACUUUCACGUGCACCUGUUUUGCAGACCGCAGUGGCAGAGUACCUCCCUGGCCUUAAUGCUUGCUUUCCUUCCAUAUUUAAUCAUUUCCCUGCCCCCUGUUCCUCCGUGGGUUUUUCUACCCACGUUUUAUUCUCUAGCUUCUUAAAGAAUUGUAGAGUUGGAAGGGACCCUGAGGGUCAUCUGGUCCAACCCUCUACAAUGCAGGAAUCUCAACUGAAGCAUCCAGGACAGCUGGCCACUCUGCUUAAAAACCUCCAGUGAAGGAGAGUUUCCAAGGGAGUCUGUUCCACUGUUGAACAAGCUCUUCUUCUUUCUUUUUUUAAAUCAUUUUUAUUGAUUUUCCAAUAAAAAACAUCCAAUUAAUAUCAAUCCAAUCAUAACGCUCCAAUUAAAAUAAAAAACUAAAAGAAAAAAAGACCAAAUUAUAAUUUUUAAUUUUUCGAGCUCCCCACGGUCUGGAUCUCUGAAGCAUAUCUCCACAUCUCAGUCCUGCCUCUCCUCGUUGUUUCCAUAUUUUCCACAUCUCAAUUUUGACGCUUUAUAAUUCCGUUCCCUGAGUCCACGAUUCGCAAUCGUGUCAAACAUCAUAUACUUUCAUCCGUCGGAUACUGCUUUGUACAGUGGUACCUCGGGUUACAUACGCUUCAGGUUACGUACGCUUCGGGUUACAGACUCCGCUAACCCAGAAAUAGUACCCUGGGUUGAGAACUUUACCUCAGGAUGAGAACAGAAAUGGUGCGGCGGCAGCAGGAGGCCCCAUUAGCUAAAGUGGUGCAUCAGCUUAAGAACAGUUUCAGCUUAAGAACAGACCUCCGGAACGAAUUAAGUUCUUAACCCGAGGUACCACUGUAUAUAUUUUUCCAACUGUCUUUUUCUCAGCGCAGCUUCAUCUGACUCCGUUCCAAUCUGGGAUGAACAAGCUCUUCUUGAUAGCUUUCAUGGUGGGCACCGAAGCAGCGAUAGCUUGCCUGUAUUGCUGCAGGAGAAAGAGGAGUGAGGCCAGAUCUGUGGUGGCUGCUCAUCUUCCUUUCUGGCCAAAUGUUAAGACUGGGGAUGUGCGUGCAAUGUUGUUCCUCCCGUCCUGCAAUAAAUUACAAAGCUCCCAGCUGCAGGUCUCACCUUACAAGCGGCAAGUCUAGUAUCAGCAGCAAGAUACGGACAUGGUGUUGCUCAUUGAUUCACCUGGUAGCAAGCUGCCAUUCACCCCAGGUGCUGAGGCAGGAACUGUUGUCCGCCUGGAUAGAUUCCUAGUUGGCAACCAUUAUUUACUGAAGAGCCCCUUUUGACCGCAGUGCCAACCAUCUAAUGACAGGAGCUCGUCCUACUCUCGAGUAGGACCCUGGUAGAGACACAUGCCCGACUGGCAUGUUAUCUCCCUCCUGGUCGUUCGUUUGGGAGCUUCAAAAGCUUUCUUCUGCCCGAACAUCACAGCGACCGAUGCCAACCGACACCGGCACACUUAGGGAUUUGCAGAGUCUGCGCAAUUUGUGUGACAGACCUCAGCAACUCAGCAUUUUGGCUAAUCUAGUUUAUUGACCGUAAUUUUCGCUCUAUAGGACGCACUUUCUCCGCAAGCCUUCUGAGUGUGGCGGGAGUUCCCACCGGGCUCCGAAGGCUUGCGGAAAGCAGCCUGUUCUGGGGGCUGGGGUCGGGGGAGGCUCGGGCUUCGAGGUUGCUCGGGCAUCCCCCGUUCCAGCCCCGCAAGCCCUGGGAGCGUGUGCAGCUUUUCCCGGCUGGAGAGGUUGCACGUGGGUAAAGAGGAAGCCAAGACAGCUGUUGGCAAUAUUUUUUCCCCCUUUAUUUCCCCCCCUAAAAACUAGGUGCGCCCUAUGGUCCAGUGCGCCCUAUGGAGCGAAAAAUACGGUACAUAUAAACACACAUAGAGCACUGCAACAUGGCUCCCUCUCUCUCUAGCUUCAGACAGGAAAGAGAAAGAACAAAGGACAAUAGUCCCACUUCACGGAACACAGUAACACAAACAUCCUGUUUCCGUCACUUCCCACUCCAUGACUGCAAUCACGGAGCAGGAAUUCUAACAUCUAAGUGCAUGUUUCUUUCUCGCACAGCUGAGUACAUCCAGAUGGCAGGCCGAGCUGGACGCCGAGGUCUCGACACCACGGGGAUGGUGAUCAUCUUGUGCAAAAGCCAAGCGCCUGAGAUGGCUGAUCUUCACCGGAUGAUGUUGGUGAGUUAGGCGUACAAACGCACACAAACUGUUUCCCAUCCCUGUUGCACCUGAUUACUCUGCAAUGGGGUGUCCUUAAAAGUGUGAGGGCUGAAAUAACGUAUCAUAAGAGCUUUCCUUCUGGGUCGAGCCUAAAUGUAAUCCAGAGCUUGCAAGGAGGACAGGAGAACCAGAAUCUCUUUGGUCUUGGCAACUGGUAUUUCGAGGCUUCUGACCUUGGAAGUUGCUCUUAGCUACUUUAGCUGAUCAACGUGGUUAGACUAGGACCUGGAAGACCAGGUUCAAAUCACGGCUUGACCAUGAAGCUCACUGGGGGAUUUUGGGCCGGUCACUCACUCUCAGUCAUAUCUACCUUACAGGGUUGUUGUGAAGAUAAAAUGGGGAGGAGGAGGACUAUGUGCUUCUCCUUGACCUCCUUGGAGGAAAGGGUGAGAUAUAAAGGCAAUAAGUAAAUACAGUGGUACCUCGGGUUACAUAUGCUUCAGGUUACAUACGCUUCAGGUUACAGACUCCGCUAACCUAGUAAUAGUGCUCCAGGUUGAGAACUUUGCUUCAGGAUAAGAACAGAAAUCGUGCUCUGGCGGCGCGGCAGCAGCAGGAGGCCCCAUUAGCUAAAGUGGUGCUUCAGGUUAAGAACAGUUUCAGGUUAAGAACGGACCUCCGGAACUAAUUAAGUACUUAACCUGAGGUACCACUGUAGUUUAUUUAGCACAAUCCAUUUUUAAAAGCCAUUUCUAUGCUUGUGUGAAUUUUCUGCGAGGUGAGUAAAUCUGUAUUGCUUUCACUCUGCGUAAAUUCUGCCGAUUUUUACCAUUUGGCAUAAUCCACAAACAUACCAAGACCGAUUUGAGUCUUCUCGCAAUCAUCCUCAUUUAGCCAAAGUUUAUGCACAACACAAGGGUGGCGCUGUGGGUUAAACCGCAGAACCUAGGACUUGCUGAUCAGGAGGUUGGUGGUUCGAAUCCCCGUGACGGGGUGAGCUACCAUUGCUCGGUCCCUGCUCCUGCCCACUUAGCAGUUCGAAAGCACGUCAAAGUGCAAGUAGAUAAAUAGGUACCGCUCCGGCGGGAAGGUAAACGGCGUUUCCGUGCGCUGCUCUGAUUUGCCAGAAGCGGCUGAGUCAUGCUGGCCACAUGACCCGGAAGCUGUAUGCCGGCUCCCUUGGCCAAUAAAGCGAGAUGAGCACCGCAACCCCAGAGUCGGCCACAACUGGACCUAAUGGUCAGGGGUCCCUUUACCUUUGCCUAUGCACAACACAAGGGAAAGAAAUCAGCAUCAGUGUUUUGCUCUUGUGCCCUAGAAGCAUCAGCCAGCCAUCUCUCUCUAGCUUUGGAGAUAGUAGCAGGCAUUGCUUCCAUUCAGCCAUAAGAGCUAGAAACUUGGCUGCUGCUUUUAAACAGAUACGGGGAUUCUCCAGAAGCUGAAUUCACUGCUCCCAGUGCCAUUUUCUGUGCACCUGCAAAACCGCAAUGGAGACACAGCCAGAUGGAUUUCUACAGCCAGAUGGGCAGGGUAGAAAUAAUGAAUUAUUAUUAUUAUUAAUUUUAUUAUUACUGCUUGUUGGUAUAUAGGCUUCCUAGAAGGGCCUUAAGGUCAUGAAGAAGAACCCUGUAGCUGGUUCAGGCAAAUGCCCCGCCUAGUCCAGCAAGGCAGAGGCCCCCGAUGCGAAACCUGUGAGAGCAGAGGCAUUUGGGAAAAACAGCUUUGCUGCCUUCCUCUCCCAACUCUCCUCCUCUGUCCCUCCAGGGCAAACCCACCCAGUUGCAGUCCCAGUUCCGCCUCACCUACACCAUGAUCCUCAACCUGCUGAGAGUAGAAGCCCUUCGUGUGGAGGACAUGAUGAAGAGGAGCUUCUCUGAGUUCCACACCCGGAAGGACAGCAAGGUAGGUCUCUGGAGAGAGUGGGUGUCAGAAGCGAGCCGGCAGCUAGUCACACCACGCCGUGUAAGUUGGAGUUAAAUCUUUAUUAACAAAAUUAUGCUCCGCACAGGAGUGUCAAGCCUAAUGAGCACAGUAACUCAUCUCUAGUAGGUCUUGCUCUCAUCAAACAGGUGCUGGGACUGAAAGACCCCACAGCUGCCUAAGUGGCCACCCACACCCCAGUUUAUUUCCCAGCAAUCUGAGACUUUGUCUGUGCAUCACCAAUCUCUCCUCUACCCUUUUCAUGCCUCUACUUGUUCUGGGAGACAAGCAUGGAGGGGAGACACCCGUGCCUCUUCCCCAGCCAGACUCAUUGCACACACCCCUCCUCUCCAGCCUCUACUGAUUCUGGACUUUUCUCUGCCGCAGACUCCUCUCAGCUCACGAAGCCUUGUUUCCCCUUUAGCUUCCAACCCGCCUCUUCCCAGUCUGCGCCCUCUUCUCUGCCUGACCACGCAUGGUUGUCCCACCACCACCACUCCCUGGGCACUGUGCCACCUUCUUCCCUUGAGGGUUCCCCAGCUGGGGUCUCCCACCAUUCCUCUGUGGCCAACCAGUAUGUGGCUCCCUGGGGAACAGAAGAAAGGACAGGUGUCGUAACCAGAUCUGACUUGAGGACACUUGGAAAGUCCAGGGCAUGAGUUGGGCAGCAGCCGGAACUCCUGUCAUGUAAGGAUCUUAAACACUGUUGUAAACAAAAAUUGCCCUUUUCCCUUAUGGGGGACACAAGAGCCCAUAUAGAGUCCUUAAGUGGGUUCCCUAUUGGUAGGAGAAGAUAACAGAGGCCAACCAGAGAAUAUUGAGAAGCAAAGCAGCUAGUAAGCCUGAUCUUUAUUGAUCUGUUGCAACAGGGUGCUCCCCUCACCUGCAGGAGAGGAGGAGGAACCCAGAACAAGGGUGCACAAGGUCUUACAAAGACUUUUGAAAUUGCCACCCUGUAGAUCAAGACCACCCCCAGAAACAUCAUACAUACAUCACAGAAAAGGCGGUCUAAAACAGAAAUUUGAAUGUUGUUUUUCCUGUUUGCCAGGUUAUCUGCUUGCCUUUCCUGAUUGUCUUUCCUGAUAGUCUGUCACCCAUUAAAAUGCUGAUUACUCAAUUCCUGAGACAAUGGGAAGGCUCCCUGACCCUCCUCCCUCCUUGCAGGGAAAACAUUUGGUCAGUUUGGGAAUCAAAAUGGUUCCAGGUCGGUCUUCCUGUGCUGAUCUAUGUACGUGCUUGGUUGGUACGCUUAUGAACACUACCAUAUAUUUGAGACCUCAAAAUUCCUAUCACAACACACACACACACAUACACACACCCUACAGGUCCAAGGCUGUAUGGGAGGAGCAAAGGAAUAAGAGGGGAAUUGUAGAUCAGGGCUAGGAAUUUAUGCCUCCCUGGAUGUUGCUGGACAACUCCCAUAAUUCCUGGUCAGCUAUCCUGGCUGAUGGGAGGCUUGGGAGUCCAAUAACGUUUGCAGGGCUGCAGGCUCCCCUUCCGUGUUUGAUGGAGGUCUGCAUGCAAAUAUGGAAGAAGCCAAAUAAUAAUAAUAAUAAUAAUAAAUAAUAAAUUUUAUUUAUACCCCGCCCUCCCUGGCCAGAGCUAGGCUCAGGGCGGCUAACACCAAUAAAAUCACAUUAAAAACAUAAUAGGGGGGAAAGGGGGGGGACCAAUUUAAAAUACAGGUUAAAAUGCAAUUUAAAAUGCAGCCUCAUUUUAAAGUAGCUGAUAAAUCAAUACCAUAAGGGGAAGCAAACAUAAGGGUCAGACCGAGUCGGGAACGUGGGGAAGAAACCAGAAGGCAGUUGAUUGAAGAUCAGCAUGGUGUACACAUGAGAAUUUUAGAAGUGGAUCAGGUAAUUAGUCCAUUUGAUCCAGUGUUGUCUGCCUGCUGCCAGGGAAUGAAGCUAGAAGCAUUCUGAUUGCCAAGAACGUCUCCUCCGCUAACCUGUGGGUGCUGUCUGUCCAGGCUCCCUUAAGUCUUGCGCCCCCCCCUCUCUUGGGGAGAGUCUGGGCCUUUCCCUCUUCACAUCGCUCCACCUUCCCUGACCCCCUUCCCUCCUAGGUCCACGAACACAGGAUUGCCCAACUGAGCUGCAUCUUGGCCAACAUGGAAGCAUCAGAUCUGUCGGGACAGCUUGGCGACUUAGAGGAGUAUUAUCAUGUGGUCCGAGAGCUACAGGAGACCCGGGAACUCAUACAGGUGCUGAUUUGGGGGGGGGGGGGAUCUGGAGAACGGGGGUGCAGAGCUCUGCCCUCUCAGAGAGUGGCCCUUGUUUUGGAAGUUGAUGGACCCAUGGGCUAGACAGUAUCGCCCAGUGCCUCUAGGUGGCGCUGUUGGUGCGUCUGCCCAAGGUAGAGUACUCAGGCUGCAUGAGAUGCUCUGGGAUAGGAUGGCUUGCUUUGUUCAAUGAGAGGGAUCAGUUGUGGGCAUUGAGGCAGCCGCAUGCCCUGGCUCUCCUUGGAACAGGAAGGGAAAGAAGAAUGUCUUGGCGCUUCCCGAUUUGGAGUUUUCAGGUCUCAUCCAGGAGGAGAGAGAUUUGAGGAUCAGGAGGUGGUGACGAGAGGGAUAAUCUCUUCCCCCUUUUUUCAGGGGGCACAAGCUUAAACCUGCUCACAGGGCUGUAGUUUGAGUGCUCACUGUGCCAGCCAUGUCAGCCAGGCCCUUCUCAAGAUACUCCAUUCCGUUUCUCCUCUCCCAACUGAGUUUUCUCCCAUCCACCCCAAAAUGCCCACAGUCUGCCGGUAUUCCAUGGCUACAAAGCGUUCUUAGUCUCCAUUGGGCUGUUUUGGGUCGUGUCACUGUACCCAUGAAGGUUUGUUUGCUUGUUUGUACUAAAGUCCCUUUGUUCUUCAAACAAACCCGAAGCCUGCUGAUAUAAUAAUAAUAAUAAUAAUAAUAAUAAUUUAUUAUUUAUACCCUGCCCAUCUGGGUGGGUUUCCCCAGCCACUUUGGGUGGCUUCCACCGAAUAUUAAAAACAAUACAGCAUCAGACAUUGAAACUUCCCUAAACAGGGCCGCCUUCAGUUGUCUUUUAAAAGUAAAUUAGUUGUUUAUUGCCUUGCCAUCUGCUGGGAGGGGAUUCCACAGGGAGGGCACCACUACCGAGAAGGCCCUCUGCCUGGUUCCCUGUAACCUCACUUCUCGCAUCUAGGGAACCGCCAGAAGGCCCUCGGCGCUGGACCUCAAUGUCUCCCUCUUUGGCAUAAACAAUGCCAUGUAAGCAACGGCGCUUACACCUGGACAUGGGGAAAUAUAGAGAAAAACCCAUGGGAUCUUUGCCCCCUUUGCCAAAAGGGCCCAAACUAAAGAAGAAUGGCAACUUAAGCUGAUGGAAUAUGCCCAGCUUGCAGAUUUAACGUAUGGCAUAAGAGAACAAGAAGAAAGUAUGUUGAAAGAAGAUUUAAAAAUGUUUACUGAAUAUAUGGGGGGAAAUUGUGUACACUUGAAAAUGAUGGCAGAAUUAAGGUAAAUUCAACAAUGUAAAUAAGUUUUGAUGGAUGUAACAAUGGAAUACUGAAUGGUUUAGUUCAUGUAAAGUAUGCAGGGGUUUAUGGUAUGCAAAAUAAACCACGGAAAGAGAAGGGAAGUCACUGACAAUGUAAGGUUGUUUAAAUGAGUGUAAAGGUAAAGGUAAAGGGACCCCUGACCAUUAGGUCCAGUCACGGACAACUCUGGGGUUGCGGCGCUCAUCUCGCUUUAUUGGCCGAGGGAGCCGGCGUACAGCUUCCAGGUCAUGUGGCCAGCAUGACUAAGCCGCUUCUGGCGAACCAGAGCAGUGCACGGAAAUGCCAUUUACCUUCCCACUGGAGCGGUACCUAUUUAUCUACUUGCAUUUUGACGUGCUUUCGAACUGCUAGGUUGGCAGGAGCAGGGACCGAAUAACGGGAGCUCACCCCGUCACGGGGAUUCAAACCGCCGACCUUCUGAUUGCCUAGUCCUAGGCUCUGUGGUUUAACCCACAGCGCCACCCACGUCCCUUAAAUGAGUAUAUUAAAUUGUAAAACAGAAUAUAUAUAUAUACACACACACACAGAGACAGUGUGUGUGUGUGUGUGUGUGUGUGUGUGUGUGUAUAUAUAUAUAUACAGUGGUGCCCCGCAAGACGAACGCCUCGCAAGACGAAAAACCCGCUAGACGAAAGGGUUUUCCGUUUUGGAGGCGCUUCGCAAAACGAAUUUCCCUAUGGGCUUGCUUCGCAAGACGAAAGCCCAUAGGAAAAUCUCCGGUCCGCGAAGCCUGGGCGCGCUGAUCUCAGCGCGCGCAGGCUUCGGCAUGCCGGCAACUCUCCGCGAGCAGCGGCAGCGCUGCCGCUGCUCGCGGAGAGGUCCGCGAAGCCUGGGCGCGCUGAUCUCAGCGCGCGCAGGCUUCGGCAUGCCGGCAACUCGCCGCGAGCAGCGGCAGCGCUGCCGCUGCUCGCGGAGAGGUCCGCGAAGCCUGGGCGCGCUGAUCUCAGCGCACCCAGGCUUCGGCAUGCCUGCAACUCUCCGCGAGCAGCGGCAGCGCUGCCGCUGCUCGCGGAGAGGUCCGCGAAGCCUGGGCGCGCUGAUCUCAGCGCGCCCAGGCUCGGCAUGCCGGCAACUCUCCGCGAGCAGCGGCAGCGCUGCCGCUGCUCGCGGAGAGGUCCGCGAAGCCUGGGCGCGCUGAUCUCAGCGCGCCCAGGCUUCGGCAUGCCGGCAACUCUCCGCGAGCAGCGGCAGCGCUGCCGCUGCUCGCGGAGAGGUCCGCGAAGCCUGGGCGCGCUGAUCUCAGCGCGCCCAGGCUUCGGCAUGCCGGCAGCUCUCCGCGAGCAGCGGCAGCGCUGCCGCUGCUCGCGGAGAGGUCCGCGAGCCUGGGCGCGCUGAUCUCAGCGCGCCCAGGCUUCGGCAUGCCGGCAACUCUCCGCGAGCAGCGGCAGCGCUGCCGCUGCUCGCGGAGAGGUCCGCGAAGCCUGGGCGCGCUGAUCUCAGCGCGCCCAGGCUUCGGCAUGCCGGCAACUCUCCGCGAGCAGCGGCAGCGCUGCCGCUGCUCGCGGAGAGGUCCGCGGAGCCUGGGCGCGCUGAUCUCAGCGCGCGCAGGCUUCGGCAUGCCGGCAACUCUCCGCGAGCAGCGGCAGCGCUGCCGCUGCUCGCGGAGAGGUCCGCGAAGCCUGGGCGCGCUGAUCUCAGCGCGCCCAGGCUUCGGCAUGCCGGCAACUCUCCGCGAGCAGCGGCAGCGCUGCCGCUGCUCGCGGAGAGGUCCGCGAAGCCUGGGCGCGCUGAUCUCAGCGCGCCCAGGCUUCGGCAUGCCGGCAACUCUCCGCGAGCAGCGGCAGCGCUGCCGCUGCUCGCGGAGAGGUCCGCGAAGCCUGGGCGCGCUGAUCUCAGCGCGCCCAGGCUCCGGCAUGCCGGCAACUCUCCGCGAGCAGCGGCAGCGCUGCCGCUGCUCGCGGAGAGGUCCGCGAAGCCUGGGCGCGCUGAUCUCAGCGCGCGCAGGCUUCGGCAUGCCGGCAACUCUCCGCGAGCAGCGGCAGUGCUGCCGCUGCUUGCGGAGAGGUCCGCGAAGCCUUGCCUGGACAGCUUUUGAAGGCAGGUGGGGGGACAAAGACUUUCGCCCCCGCCAGCCUUCAGAAGAGGUCCAGGACCUCUUCUGAAGGCUGGCGGGGGCAAAGUCUUUGUCCCCCUGCCUGCCUUCCCAGGGGCUUUUUAAUUGCCCCGGACAGCGGAGAAGUCCUCCGCUGUCCCGGGGCAAUUUUAAAAUGCCGCCCGCCAGCAUUUUAAGAUCGCCCCGGACAGCGGAGAAGCUCUCCGCUGUCCCGGGGUUUUAAAAUGCUGGGGGUGGAAGAAAAGCCCUUGUCCCCCCCAGCCUUCAGAAGAGGUCGGGGACAGACUGUCCCCGGACCUGGUCUGAAGUCGGUUUCCUAGGAACGCAUUAAUUGAUUUUCAAUGCAUUCCUAUGGGAAACCGUGCAUCGCUAAGACGAAAAACUCGCAAGAAGAAAAAACUUGCGGAACGAAUUAAUUUCGUCUUGCGAGGCACCACUGUAUAUAUAUAUAUAUAUAUAUAUAUAUAUAUAUAACUUUGCCAAAGGAUGUUCCCUCGUAGCUGUGCUAAGUUGCUGUUGCACAUUCACCUCCAUAACCAAGAAGACUACAGUUUGGUUCUGUUCUGAACGUUCGCCAAAGGUCUCAAGAUUUAAAAGCAUCUUGAGGAGAAAGGGACCAUGGGUUGCCUUCCUCUGACCUGGCUUAUGUCUAUAGGAAGGAGAAAGACUUUCUGGAGCAGGGUGGGGUUUGGAUCCAGCAUCCUUCCUGCUCCUCAAAAGUUGUGGAUACAGGACUGGCUACUUUGGAAGAAAACUUGGAAGCAAGAGCCCAAGGUCUUUCUGUUUUAGAAUUCCAGUUAUGGUGUCCUAAGUGUGCUGUUUGCGUGUGUGUCAUCCUCUAGCUGUUUCUCACUUUCAGAGGCGAGUCAUGGAGUCAAUGAACGGACUGAAGGCCCUUUCCGUGGGACGGGUGAUCGUUGUGAAAAAUCAAGAGCACCGAAAUGCCCUGGGGGUGAUUUUGCAGGUAAGUGGGGGCGUUUCUCCAGCACCAUGUGCUAAAGAACCCCAAAUUCGGUGCUCACAGGUGUAGACUGUUUGAUUCAGUAACAUUUCUUUACCGCCUGAUUGUAAUAAACAAAACAAAACCCCACCUCUAAGCUUUUUACAAGAAGAAAGAUAAAUGAGACAUGCUCUUGUGUCUAGGUUGGUUGGUUUGUUUUGCUCAUGGAUAGAUUUGGGCUUGGAAAAGUCAAGGAUCUGAAGAUGAUAUGUAGGGCAUUGAGACUCAAGACUGAGUCUUGUUCAGUCACUGCACCCAAAAACCCAGACUUUUAACCCUGGCAUGCAAGUUGUCUCCUCAAGCAUGAGGACUAGAUUCUUGGUUUUCCAUACAAAAACUGUUCUCUAUUGCUCAAGCAACUUAUUCUCCCCCCACCCCUCUCUCUCUCACACAUAUAUAUAUAUAUACACACACAUACAUAUAUAUAGAGAGAGAGAGAGUUAGGAAGACUUAUAGACCACUUAAUCAUAAAACUCUCUAAGAAGUGCAAACAUAAGAAAAUUGUUGAUAAAAUGCUACUAAAAUCCCCAAAACUGUUCAGAAAAGUAUAUGCAAGACAAAAUCAACAAAACCUUUAAAUCAUAGUCUAAAUUAUAUGUCUGUGUAGGCUUGCUGUAAUAAUCAUAAAAAAGCUUUCAGCAGGUAUCUAAACAACACAGUGCCUACAAAUGGAUCGACAAAUUCACUAAGGCAGGAUCUAACUUUCUUUAACAUAGAAGAGGAAGGAAGCAACACUGAGCUAUUUAGAUGGGGGGGGGGGGCAAUUUGCAGUUGGGGACUCAAUGUUAGCUGGUAUUAGGACCAGCCCAAAUGUCACAAAAGUUCUCCAAAACUCAGAAUUUGGAGGUGAGGCGGAUAGAAAGCUGGUUUGAUGCUGAAGUCAGUCUGCAUUUAAUCAGCAUUGUAGUAGAACAUGGGUAGGCAAACUAAGGCCCGGGGACGAGAUCCGACCCAAUCGCCUUCUCAAUCUGGCCCAUGGACGGUCCAGGAAUCAGCGUGUUUUUACAUGAGUAGAAUGUGUCCUUUUAUUUAAAAUGCAUCUCUGGGUCAUUUGUGGGGCAUAGGAAUUCAUUCAUUCCCCCCCCCAUAUAGUCCGGCCCCCCACAAGGUCUGAGGGACAGUGGACCGGCCCCCUGCUGAAAAAGUUUGCUGACACCUGUGGUAGAAUAAAAGAAGAGGAGACUAUAGGGAUGAGGAAUCAGUGUUGCUGUUGGACUACAGUUCCCAUCAUUCCCAACUGUUGGCCAUGCUGGUUGGGACUGAUGGAUGGUGGAGUCUAACAGUAUCUGCAGCUUUCCUCCACAAAUCUCCUUAGCACUCUGCAGAACUUGAGUCGCACUUAAGCGGCGUCAGAUCUGAUGCAGUUGCUCUCUGAGAGAGUGGUAGUCUCGUAAUCUGGUGAACCGGGUUCGAUUCCCUGCUCCUCCACAUGCAGCUGCUGGGUGACCUUGGGCCAGUCACACUUCUCUGAAGUCUCUCAGCCCCACUCACCUCACAGAGUGUUUGUUGUGGGGGAGGAAGGGAAAGGAGGAUGUUAGGCGCUUUGAGACUCCUUCGAGUAGUGAUAAAGCAGGAUAUCAAAUCCAAACUCUUCUUCAAACUCUUCUCUGUCUCUGGCCCACUUUUGCCAAGGGAUGCACAACCUCAACUGUGACGACCCCAUGGAUGGUUGUUUAGGCUGGAGGCCGGACGAGGAAAAGGUAGCCUGUUUACUCCCCUUUGCAAAUCACGUUCCCGGCCUCUUGACUUCAGGUUUCCUCUGACGCGGCCAACCGAGCCUUCAGCACUUUGGUGAUGUGCGAGAAAAAGCUGUCAGAGGGGGACGCGGCUGCUUGCAAGGAGGCCGGUUCCCCUUCCCCUCCAGAGGUGCCUCUUCCUGAUGACCUUCUGCACACCAAGCUCUUCCUUCCAGAGGGUAAGGCGAAAUAGGGGUUGAUUUGGGGGGAAACGAGGUUUGUGGUUUUAUAUUACAGGGCAGAUUCUGCAUCUUCUUUUUUUACUAAGAACCCUGAGGUCCGCCAGCCAGACCCUGGUUGCAAAAUAGUGGUUCAGGGCGGGGAAUCCUCUUGGGAUUAAGGAAUGGGCUGCCUCUGAGCAUAUUCUUGGCCCAGGAGUUUGUCUUCAGUACCAGAACUAAAUUUGCAGCUGUUUCACACAAAGGAUCGUUCCUGGUCUUCCCCUUACCCAUAGCAGAUUUCUUCAUCUCAGCAGCCUAACUUACAAGGAAGGGAAAACCUUUUGUUAUCGCUGCUAAAAAAAUAAGAUAACACAGAGGGAGUUGUAAAUCCUUGCUGAUCUACUGCAAGUUUCCCACACUAGAGCCUGAUCUCCCUUUUGCUGACCUUUAAAUAAGAGGGGUGGGAGCAAAGCAUCAUUUUUGCCUGUUGUCAACAGAUCUGCUUGCAUUCCCACAAGGAACUCAAAGUGAGAUGAAUGAAUGAAUUUUAUUAUUUCGGUCACAGACCAGUUCCUGCCCACAUACAAUAUCAAGGAGGUCAUAAAACACGAUAGGGAUACAUUUGAAAUUGCAGUUAGGUAUAGCAGGGACAAUACAGAUACAGCAACAGUUUAAAUAUAUAUAAAUUAAAACUUAGUCACUAACAUAUAACCUAAAAUUAUCAUUUAGAACCUUAAUCAUUAUGAUAGCACAGCUUGUUCCCUAAGUUUUAUGGCAAUCGCACAGAAUUUGGCUACCCUUAAUGUGAUCUCAGGGUCCUUGUCCUCUACCAGGGAUUUUAGACAUUGAAGUUCGGAUUCAUUUGGAGAGUUUUGCAUAGCAGGGGUAAUAAAUACCGAGCGUGAGAUAACAUUCCAAGUUGUGUGUGCACGUUAAGCAUUCCAAAUACCAUAUUUUUUGCUCUAUAAGACACACUUUUUCCCUCCUAAAAAGUAAGGGGAAAUGUGUGUGCGCCUUAUGGAGCAAAUGCAGGCUGCGCAGCUAUCCCAGAAGCCAGAACAGCUGAGCGCAGCCUCUUCCGGGCAGGGGGAGCCUUCAUUCCGCUGCCCGGGAGAGGCUGUGCGUGGCUAUCCCAGAAGCCACAACAGCAAGAGGCUAUCCCAGAAGCCAGAUCCCUCUUGCUGUUCUGGCUUCUAGGAUUCAGAAUAUUUUUUUUCUUGUUUUCUUCAUCCAAAAUCUAGGUACGUCUUAUCGUCUGGUGGGUCUUAUAGAGUGAAAAAUACAGUAACCCUUUUCAAACUAGCAGGAGAAAAGUAGGAGAGCUUGAUAGGAGGAGACAGCCUUUUUUCAAAUGUCACUGGCAAUAAUUUAGUUCAAGAGAACCAGAAACUUGUUUUUUAAAAGAAGUUGGCUGAGACAUAAGCAGUGCAUCUAGGAAUCCAUAAUUGUGCAAAUGGUUGAUUUUGGCCCUGUGUUCUGGGUUGGGACAGCCGAGGGAGGCUUGCAAUAUAUGUGUGUAUAUAUUUCUCCACCCCACGUAGGCCCUUGCGGACAUACUAUAAAGAAACUGGGCCCAUCAGACAUUUUCGGUGUCACAAACAAAACUCUGCGGGUCAAUGCUGAGCGCAUCCUGGAAGAUUUCAAGAAGCGCCAGAUGCCCAGGUUCAGGUGAGACAGGAGUUCAGCCAGCAGGUGAGGAGGGUGGGAGCUGGAGGUCAGCAACACCUGGAUUGGCGCAGGUUCCCCAUCCCUUGUGUCUAAGGUGAUAAUGCUCAGUGUUGGAGGGUGGCAGAGAGCGAGUCCUUACAGCUGUAGCAGAACUGCGUAAAGUACUUUGGGUGGGUGCGGGGGGCAGAAAUAGGAGAGCUUGUUGCUCUCCAAGAAGCGUCUCAUGUCUCCUCGUCUUCCCCUGCCCACCCUCCUCCCACACUUCCAAAUCCCAUGAUCUGGCCUCAGAAGAAGAGGCAGAGACAUCCCUCCCUCCACAGCCUGUGUUUUGAGUCUGGAUGUCAGAAGCUUUAGCCCGGCCCUCUGCAUUCUAGCCCUACAAGGACAAAGUGUUCCUUACACAUAACAGUGCCUUUAAACAAAACAAAAAAUGCAUUUUUGUGGUUAUUUUUAAUUUUUUUUAAAGAAUAUGUUUUAUUCCUUUUUUGCAUAUGCUAUUAUUAUUAAUUUAUGAUUUUCAAUUUUUAUACGUUUACAAUCAUUUUAACAUUUCAAAACUCGACUUCCUUCCCCCUCUUUCUGCGGUUCCUUAAAUUUAUUUUUUAUAUUUUCUGCAUACAGUGGUACCUUGGUUCUCAAACGUAAUCCAUUCUGGGAGUCCGUUUGACUCCCGAAACUGUUUGAAAACCGAAGCCCAUUUUCCAGUUGGCUUCAGGAGCUUCCUGCAGCCAAUCGGAAGACGCGAAAGUCUCGUCGGGCGUUCGGCUUCCAAAAAACGUUCGCAAACCGGAACACUCACUCCUGGGUUUGCGGCGUUUGGAAUCCAAGCCGUUCAGGUACCAAGGUACCACUGUAUUCCAAAUUAACUUAAUUUACUCAUUUAUUCAUCUGCUUUAAAUACAUAUUCUUAUAAAACUCCAGGUUAUUUUUUUGCAUAUGAUAAACACAAGACAAUAAAAAUACCGGCUGGCCUGUCAUUUCUUGAAAUGUUUGUGCUUUUACCUCAUGUAUAUUUAAGAUGUGUAAGCUGCCCUGAGAUCUUCGGCUAAAAGGGCAGUAUGCAGAUUUAAUUAAUUAAUUGAUUGAUUGAUGAAGGGUAACGGCAGCUAUGCUGCCGCUCACAGGACAGGGGACUUCUAAGCCCACGUUAGUGGUUCAUGCUCAGGUUUUAUUUUGAUGUUCAAAUCCCUGCGACGGGGUGAGCUCCCGUUGCUCGGUCCCUGCUCCUGCCAACCUAGCAGUUCGAAAGCGCGUCAAAGUGCAAGUAGAUCAAUAGGUACCGCUCCGGCGGGAAGGUAAACAGCGUUUCCGUGCGCUGCUCUGGUUCGCCAGAAGCGGCUUAGUCAUGCUGGCCACAUGACCCGGAAGCUGUAUGCCGGCUCCCUCGGCCAAUAAAGCGAGAUGAGCGCCGCAACCCCAGAAUCAGCCACGGCUGAACCUAAUGGUCAGGGGUCCCUUUACCUUUUUAUAUGGGGGGGGGAGCAAACUGGACGUUUGUGGGGAGGCCCUUAGACCACAAGAGCUCCAGAGACACUCGGUGGGUUUAGUGUUUGUUACAGCAAGGAGAGAUCAGGCAGAAUAAGAUGUACCAUGCCUUCCUCUCUCUCUCUCUCUCUCUCCCUCUCUCUCUUGUUGGAAUAACGGAGACGAAAGGAGGUUGGAUACAGGUGAGCUGUGCAAAAGCACACUGGCAAGCAUGCUCCAAACAAGCUGCCGGCUAGCUCUGCAGAGGCUCCUUUUAUUAGCAGAAGUCAACAAUUGGAAACCGUAGUGAAACCACCCUGAACUUAAUGUAUUUCCAUCUAAGCACAUUUCCAGCAUUAGCAAAUUCAUGUGUCAGCAAGUGUUUCCCUAAAAUGUUCCCCCCAAUACAGUGGUACCUCGGGUUACAUACGCUUCAGGUUACAUACGCUUCAGGUUACAGACUCCGCUAACCCAGAAAUAGUACCUCAGGUUAAGAACUUUGCUUCAGGAUGAGAACAGAAAUCGUGCUCCGGCAGCGUGGCAGCAGCAGGAGGCCCCAUUAGCUAAAGUGGUGCUUCAGGUUAAGAACAGUUUCAGGUUAAGAACGGACCUCCGGAACGAAUUAAGUACUUAACCCGAGGUACCACUGUACUUGAUUCCGUCUGUGUUCCCGGUCAUGCUCCAGCCAAGCGAUAGGUCUAACAAAAAAAUUGUGAGAGGACAAAAGGUCAGGGAGAAAACCCUGUUUUUUUAGGCGUAACGCUCCUUGACACAUGGUUGCAUGUCUGGUGCGAGGUUUGCCUUCUCAAAGCAGAGCGUUACCUCCACACUCUCUCUCCCUGCAGGAACGAUCCGCCUGGGCCGUCAGCUGCUACCGCCACCCAGGAGCUGCUGCGCUUGGCCGAGGGCUCCCCCGAGGGCCUCCCCCUCUUGGAUCCUGUGAACGACCUUCAGCUGAAGGACCUGGAGGUGGUGGAAGGGGUGGUGAAGGCACGUCGCCUGGAGGAAGCGCUGCUGGGGUUCCAGUGCGUGCACAGCCCCCGCUUCCACACGGAGGUCAGUCGCGGAGUGGGGGCAGGAGCGGGAACCAAUGGAGCAGGGUUGGGAUGGCAGGAAGGCAGAGGUAAAGGUGGCCACUGACACUCCCCAGUCCCCAAGGAUGCCAUGUUACAUGUGGGUGGAGGGAAGUACUGGGCUGUGGGGGAGGGAGGUGAAGGGAUUACCGUAUUUUUCGCUCUAUAAGACACACCAGACCACAAGACGCACCUAGUUUUUGGAGGAGGAAAACAAGAAAAAAAAUAUUCUGAAUCCCAGAAGCCAGAACAGCAAGAGGGAUUGCUGCGCAGUGAAAGCAGCAAUCCCUCUUGCUGUUCUGGCGUCUGGGAUAGCUGCGCAGCCUGCAUUCGCUCCAUAAGACGCACACACAUUUCCCUUUACUUUUUAGGAGGGAAAAAGUGAGUCUUAUAGAGCAAAAAAUACGGUAAUUUAAAUUGUUAAAGAUUGGUAUAGGAUUUAAGAGAUUUAAAUAAGGAAAGCAGAAAGCAGCAAGAAAUAUCAAGUAUCGGAGACAUAGCUGUCAACUUUUCCCUUUUCUUGCAAGGAAUCCUAUUCGGAAUAAGGGAAUUACCCUUUAAAUACUUUAAAUAAUUUCCCUUUUUCAUUUUCAGUGUAAAUGAAAACAUGAGACUUAUGGUUUUGUUACAUAUGAUUUUAUUUUGCAGUUGCCUGUUUAUUUUGGAGUUGUUUGCUUUAAAGAAUGUAUAUUAUGUGAAUAAAAUAAUACAGUGGUACCUCGGGUUACAUACGCUUCAGGUUACAGAUUCCACUAACCCAGAAAUAGUACCUCGGGUUAAGAACUUUGCUUCAGGAUGAGAACAGAAAUCAUGCUCCGGCGGCGUGGCAGCAGCAGGAGGCCCCAUUAGCUAAAGUGGAGCUUCAGGUUAAGAACAGUUUCAGGUUAAGAACGGACCUCCGGAACGAAUUAAGUACCUUACUUAACCUGAGGUACCACUAUAAAGGAUUUCAAAAUGGGGGGAGGAGGAGAGAGGGCACCUCAACCCCAGUUCAACUUGCAUAAUUUUUGCAAUUCCCAGGAAUACCUCAGUUGGUAGAACAUGAGACUCUUGAUCUCAGGGUUGUGGGUUCGAGCCCCACGUUGGGCAAAAGAUUCCUGCAUUGCAGGGGGUUGGACUAGAUGACCCUCGGGGUCUCUUCCAACUGUGAUUCUUAAGCUACAGAACAUGGGAGAGUGGGCGGAGCCCAGUGUGGUUUUCUUUCUUUUUCUAAAAAAAGAAUUGCAGCAGACAAGCGCAGCGCUGCACACGUGGCUUUUGAGCUCUUUUUAUCUGCCCACAUCCAGAGGCAGCGAAGAAACGGAGGUGGGGAGGAUGCUUGGACUUCCAAGUGCGGCAAGACUACAACUCCCAGCCCGUCUGAGUGUUGGCUUUGCCAGCAGGGGGCUGAUGGGAAUUGGAGUCCCAGCGGCAGCAGUGCAUGUGCCACAAUUUCCCUUUCCCAGCAUUAGGUGAGACUUGAUCUCCUCUCUCUCUCUCUUUCCUCUUCCCUUCUAGUUUGUGCGAUUCAGGGAGCGCCAGCAAGUGCUGGAGGAGCUGGAGCAGCUGCGCUUCCUGCUCUCUGACCAGUCCCUCCUGCUGCUGCCUGAGUAUCACCAGCGAGUCCAGGUAAGAGCUUCUCCCUCACGGAGGCUCCAAAAAGGAUACAGUACGAUCAUCUUUAUUGUCAUUGUCCCAUACAGAACAACGAAAUUGAAAAGAAAAAAAGUCUACAUAAGACAUUCAAAACCAACAAGCCUGCUAUCCCAGCCAUCCCAACCUGGUUAGCCCGCUAAAAACUCUGAUACCCUGUUUUUAAAAUACAAUAUACUCCUAUAGAGACUCCUUAAAGGUAAAGGGACCCCUGACCAUUAGGUCCAGUCGUGGCCGACUCUGGGCUUGCGGCACUCAUCUCGCUCUAUAGGCCGAGGGAGCCAGCGUACAGCUUCCGGGUCAUGUGGUCAGCAUGACUAAGCCGCUUCUGGCAAACCAGAGCUGCACACGGAAACGCCGUUUAUCUUCCCGCCGGAAGUAUUUAUCUACUUGCACUUUGACGUGCUUUCGAACUGCUAGGUUGGCAGGAGCAGGGACCGAGCAACGGGAGCUCCUACAUCACAGAAAAGGCGGUCUAAAACUGAAAUUUGAAUGUUGUUUAUCUCCUGUCUGGCAGGUUACUUGAUUGGAUUGAUUGGAUUGCCUGGGGAGCCUGGCCAUUCUUUUGUAGUGAUACUUAGUUCCUGGGCCAGGUCACAGGCUCACACCUUAUUCAAACACAGACAUACCCUUAAGACAGGAUUUGUGAAGGAAAAGACAAUGGGGAGGCUUUUCCAGUUUGACCAUGCAGAGAAAACAUUUGCUCAGUUUAGGAAUCAAAAUGGCUUCGGGUCGGUCUUCCUGUGCUGAUCUAUGUACGUGCGGUUAUGAACAUUGCCCUAUAUCUAAGACCUCAAAAUUCCUAUCACACCCCCUUGGUCACCUUGCGUCCCGACUGCCCCCCCCCCCAGGUCCUGCGCUCCCUGGGCUACAUCAACGAAGGCGGCGCCGUGGAGCUGAAAGGCAGCGUGGCCCGCCAGAUCAGCAACCACGAGCUGCUGCUCACCCAGCUGCUGCUGGACAACGCCCUGACGGACCUGCGGCCCGAGGAGAUCGUGGCCUUGCUCAGCUGCACCGUCUGCCAGGUCCGCACCAGGGUGGAGCCCCAGCUGCCCUCCGUCCUGCAGAAGGUGAGCCGGGGGGAAGGGGCAGCGGGGAGGAGAAGCCGAAGCCCCAGAGAGCCAGCCAGGGGCGUGGACGUAAAUGUGGGAGCCUGGCAGCAGCUCCCCGAGUCUGGCUCUCAUGACCCUCGCUUCCCCCUACAGGGCAUAGAGCACAUCCGGUCGGUGGCCGAAGAGAUCGCCCUGCUUCAGCGCAAGUGCGGCCUCCAGGAGUCAGUGGAGGACUUUGUGGAGCAGUACAAAUUUGGGCUGGUGGAGGUGGUCUACGAAUGGGCCCGUGGCAUGGUAAGGCGUCAGCCUCUGUCCCCAACCACCUGAGAGCACCUGGCAGGGGUUUGAGGCAAAGUUAAUAUUAAUGCAGGGCAAGAGAAGGGAGCCUGUGGCAAGAGGAGGUGGCUGGGGUGGUUUUAUUACCGUAUUUUUCGCCCUAUAGGACGCACUUUUCCCCCUCCAAAAAUGAAGGGGAAAUGUGUGUGCGUCCUAUGGGGCGAAUGCAGGCUCUUUGGCUUCAGCGAUAGCAACGCGAAGCCUCCGUAGCCUGCGCACUGGAGGCUUCACGUUGCUUUUGCUGAAGCCAGGAGAGUCUGCUCUUUGAGGCUGGCGGUGGGGGAAAGCAGCGCUCCCCCACCCCAUCGCCAGCCCCAGAGGAUGGGGGGCAGCGGGAAGGCGCGCAACGCCUUCCUGCUACUCUCCAACCCGGCUUUGAGGCUGGCGGUGGGGGAAAGCAACGCUUCCCCCCAUCUCCAGCCCCACAAGCUGGGUCGAAAAGCCCGCAGGCACUGCACGCUCUUUGAAGGGUGUGUGGCUUCUACGGGCUUUUCUAUGAGGUGGCGGAAUUCCCCCACCUCAUAGAGAAGCCCGCAAGAGCUGCGCAGCCUUUAAAGAGCGCGCAGUUCUUAGGGGCUUUUCCCCAAGGAGGGAGAAGGGACUGACUGGCCGAGUCCGUCCCUUCUCCCUCCUGUGGGCUUUUGCAGGAGAUGAGGGAAUUCCCCCACCUCCCGCAAAAACACCCAGAAGCCAUGCGCUCUUUAAAGGCUGCGCGGCUUCUGCGGGCUUUUCUACGAGGUGAGCGAAUUCCCCCACCUCGUAGAAAAGCCUGCAGGAUGCCGCACACCCUUUAAAGAGCACACCGCUCUUGGGGGCUUUUACCCGAGGAGGGACAAGGGACUGACUGGCCGUUUCAGUCCCUUCUCCCUCCUGGUCGAAAAGCCCGCAGGAGUCGCACGCGGCUCCUGUGGGCUUUUGCGGGAGGUGGGGGAAUUCCGCCACCUCCCGUAAAAGCAGGGAGAAGGGCUUGGAGUAGCUCCCAGAGCUGCGGGGGGGGGGAUCAUAUUUUUUCCUUGAUUUCCCCCUCUGAAAACUAGGUGCGUCCUAUGGGCCAGUGUGUCCUAUAGGGUGAAAAAUACGGUAAUUGGGUUUUAUUUUAAUUCAUGAAUAGUCUUCCACGUGAGUCUUAGUGCGAUUUAAAAAUACAGUGGUACCUUGGUGGUCGAAUGCCUUUGUUGUCGAACAAAUCAGCUCCCGAACACCGCAAACCCGGAAGUGAGUGUUCCGGUUUGCGAACGUUUUUUGGAAGCUGAACAUUUGACACUGCUUCCGUGGCUUCUGAUUUGAGUUUCAGGAAGCUCCUGCAGCCAAUCGGAAGCUGCGCCUUGGUUCUUGAACGGAAUCCCGGAACGGAUUAAGUUGGAGGAUCAAGGUUCCACUGUAUACAACCAACUAAAAAUGGUCUCUUAAAAACAGUUCAAAGAUUUAAAACUGACUUCCAGUUAAUCUCACUGUACUUUGUCUAUCCAUUACUUUAUACCACACAGUUACACAUUUCUUAUAUAAUUUCUUUUUACCUCCCUACAAACUUAUAGUUAGACAAUACAGGGAUCAGUCUAAUUCUGCCAAGAUGUUUCCUUUUAUUCCAUAGGUUUCUAAAUAUUCUUUAAAGAUUCUCCAAUCCUUACAGACUUUUUGUUUUGGUUGGCCAAACUAAAGAGCUUUGCCAGCAUCAACAGAAUACAACCAAGUCAGAGACCGUUUCACCCAGCUAUAAGAUUAUGGCUCCCAGCAUGCUUGACCAUUGGUCAUGCUGGCUGUGGCUGAUGGGAGUUGUAGUCCAACAAACCUUCGGAGGCCUACAGGGUUUGCCAGCCCUUACAGAUGCAUUUAUUGCUGCUGCUGUUUAUUAUAUUUAUUACCCGCCCUUCACCAGCAGGUCCUAGGGUGGGUUAUGGCAACUAAAAAUUCAGAGAUUUUAAAAAAAAUAUAUAAUCACAAGGAUUGGGUGAACCCUGAAUGCCGACAUGGUGCCUGGGCCCUGGGAGGAGGGAUGUUGCAAAUGCACUGGGAACAACCUGCUGCUUCAGAAGACAUAAAGUACAAAUCCAGCCCUUGUUCCGUCUGCUUCCCAGCCAACCACUUGAACCUGGAGGCGGGAAGGAGCAUCCCUCCCGUAGCUCAGUGCUUUGCAUGCAGAACGUCCCCGGUCCAAUCCGCCAUCUCUAGGUCAGGGCUGGAAGAAACCCCCUGUAAUCCCAGGGAGCCACUGCUGAUAGUCAUAAGCUAGAUCAGGGGUCAGCAAACUAUGGCCCCUGGGCUGGAUCAGGCCCACCUGGGUCCUAAAUCCGGCCUCCGCCACGAAGCUGGAACCCACCGCAAAGCCGAGACUCCCGGUGAUGGCGACGGAAGAGGCCGAGCAGCGGUAGAUCUGGAACUCAAACUUCACACCUGGUUUACCUCAACGGCAUUUGAUUGGCAGAGACGUCCCCGCGCCGCACUGAGGUAAACCAGACGUGCGUUUGAUUGGUAGAGCUGCCGCCACUCAGCCUCUUCCUCCUGUCUCCGCUGCCGCCCUGGUGCUCCUGUGGGCCAGAGAGCAGAGCAGACGAGUUCUCCCUACACAUGAGAAGCAGUGGUGGUGGCGGUGGUGGUGGCGGCAGCCCCUGGGAAGGUAAGCACAGCGGCUGGGGGGUGGGGAGGAGGACUACUUGCCCCCCUCGCCUCUUCUUCCAGCUUCCCCCUCCCCCCGACCCCUGAGCUAUAUGGUCUGACUCGGGGAUGGAGGAAGCUGCCUUAGACUUAAUUCCCCACGAUGGGCUUCAUGGCCUUCAAAGAACGAUAGAGUUGGAAGCUACAAUAAUAAUAAUAAUCACCAUCAUAGUUGUCAGGGACUGGAUUGCGGAGGAAUGGUGUGGACCACCACCACCCCCUGCACUUCCCAGAGAAGAGGGAGACAGUAUAGAUUUAGAACAGCAGCUUGCAGAAGGUCGCAGUUCAGAGGCUGCAGAGGGGAGAAGCUGGGGAAUAUUGGGAGAGGAGCAGGAGGAAGAAGCAGCACCAGGGGAGAAACAGCUGACAGACUCCGUGUCUUUGGAAAGAAGGCCUCUCCCAGGUCCCAGUGAGCGUUGAGAGUAGAAGAACAGAAAGCACAGAUCAGCCUGCGCAGGGAUGGCGUAGGAUAGGAAAGUCGGAGGGGGUGGGACUUUACUCGGAGCAAUGCCAUUACUGCAACGGAGAGCCACUUUUCGGAGCCUCUCUCUGUGAAUAUUGAAUAAAGGACUUGGUAAGAACUUUUCCCGUUCUACUACUUGGCUGCCCACCGUGGGAGAGACCAGAUUCCCUGAGGCCUUGUCAAUAGCCCAUGGGUAGGCAAACUAAGGCCCAGGGGCCGAAUCCGGCCCAAUCGCCUUCUAAAUCUGGCCCGCAGACGGUCUGCAAAUCAGCGUGUUUUUACGUGAGUAGAAUGUGUCCUUUUAUUUAAAAUGCAUCUCUGGGUUAUUUGUGGGGCAUAGGAAUUCGUUCAUAUUUUUUUUCAAAAUCUAGUCCGGCCGCCCACAAGGUCUGAGGGACAGUGGACCGGCCCCCUGCUGGAAAAGGUUGCUGACCCCUGCAAUAGCCUAACCCCCUGUAAGGCAACAACCACAACUUCCUUCCUCUCCUCCCUCGCCAGCCAUUUGCCGAGAUCGCCCGCCUGACAGACGUGCAGGAAGGGAUCAUCGUCCGCUGCAUCCAGCGCCUGGACGAGACCUGCCGAGAGAUGCGCAACGCGGCCCGCGUCACCGGGGAGCCGACGCUCCACGCCAAGAUGGAGGCCGCCUCCAACAUGAUCAAGAGGGACAUUGUCUUUGCUGCCAGCCUCUACACCCAGUGAGGGAGGGGGGAGCACCUUCGGCUCUUCCCACCCCCCUCAAAAUGCACCUCUCUCUGUUCUGACAUCUGAAAAGUUGUAACGCGUCUUGCAGGUAUACGCAAUAAGUCAUCAGGUAUACGCAAUAAAAUAUUAUUUUUUGCUGACUUAAGGGGAGUGGGUAAUUUCCUUUGGACACAUGCAAAGGGUGAAGCUGUGUUGGGUUAGGGUCUGUUGGCGACGGAGCCCCAUCCAGAGCCCAGGUGACUCUCAACUUGCACGGGGGCUGCAUUCUGGGGGUCGCUCCCAACAGAAUAUUUAAAACACAAUAAAACAUCGAACAUUAAAAACUUCCCUAAACAGGGUUGCCUUAAGAUGUCUUCUAAAAGUCAGGUAGUAGUUUAUUUCCUUGACAUCCACAGGGCGGGCGCCACUACCGAGAAGGCCUUCUGCCUGGUUCCCUGUAACCUCGCUUCCCAGAGUGAGGGAACCGCCAGAAGGCCCUCGGAGCUGGACCUCAGUGUGCGGGCUGAACGAUGGGGGUGGAGACGCUCCUUCAGGUAUACUGGACUGAGGCCGUUUAGGGCAGACAUAGGCAAACUCAGCCCUCCAGAUGUUUUGGGACUACAACUCCCAUCAUCCCUAGCUAACAGGACCAGUGGUCAGGGAUGAUGGGAAUUGUAGUCCCAAAACAUCUGGUGGGCCGAGUAUCCCUAUGCCUGAUUUAGGGAUUUAAAAGUCAGCCUAAAGCCAAAAUCACGUAUAGUCAAAACACAUUGGGUUCAAGGGUGGGUGGGAUUGCCAAAUUCUUUUAUUCCAAACGCCCACCCCCUUCUAUCUUUUUCGUUUGAAAAAUUUGCCAAAGCUGAAUGCACACAAGUUAAAUGCGUGGAAGUUGCGAGUUUCCUGCUCUUCCUCUUCCUGGGCUUCCAUGGCUAUCAGGUCCCAGGUGGAUUAUAAAAAGGCCACAGCUCUGUUUCUUCCCAACACCAACCAAAAAACAUAAGUUCCUCAUUUAGGAAAAAUCCAGUGAAUAAUUUUAGAGAGAGAGAGAAUACAGCUUCAGGAUGUGGGGCUUGGCAGCAGCACUUUAUUUUUUUAAAGGAUCUCUACCUUGCAAGGUCUGUUGCAAGC